GCUCGGGGCCGGGGUCGCGCAGGGAGUUGGGAGCGACCAUUUGGGCUGUGCAUGCGGGGCAGGGCUGCCGUCCUUCGCUCGGCCCUUCCGGUGCCCCGCGGGGUGCGCAGCUCCCGCGCGCCCUCUCUUCCUGCCCCCCGCUUUGCAGGCUCCUCCAUGGAGACCGCCGCCCCCGCUCCCCCCGGCCCCGCGACGGCGGCGGCGGCGGCGGCCCCCUUUCCUCCGCUCUUCCCCCCGGGGCUGCACGGCAUCUACGGCGAGUGCCGGCGCCUGUACCCGGAGCAGCCCAACCCGCUGCAGGUCACCGCCAUCAUCAAGUACUGGUGAGUGGAGGGGAAGGAAAGAGCCGCUGUGGGGGCGAGGGGCUCCCAGGGUGGGAGGGAGGCCUUGGGGGUCCCUGAAGGAGGUCCAGGGCCUGGGGCAGUUUCUUCGGGAAAGGCUGCUGCUUGUAUGCUGUGGGUCGGCAUUGGCUGUGGGGAUGAGGGGCAGCGGGUGGGCGAAGAAGCCCCAGGAGGUAUCUAGGCUCCCUGAAACGGGGGGGGGGGCGGUAUCUGAGGCAGGACUCGGCGACGGAGGUCGAGUGGGUUUGGGGGGGAGGGUCCCUGGGAAGGCCCGGAGGGGCUUUGUGGUGGGAGAGUUUGGGGUUUCCCGGGUGCCCUGGGCCUUUUCGCCUCGGAGGUGCCUGGUUUUAGUUCGGGGAGUUGGUAGGUGAGGGGCUGAGGCGGGAGGAGGUAGGUAGGUGAGCAGCAGCAGCAGCUCGGAGGUGGAGGGAGGGCGGCAUCUCUCUGAGCGAGGAGCUUGGGGUCAGCCUCUUGGUCAGAGUCCUCAACCCUCACAGGAUGUGCAGAUUUAGGCCUCAGUUGGAAUAGGGAGUUUUAAGAGGGGGCCGUGAUCUUUGCAGAGCUUCCUUCAAUGAUCUGGGCACAGUGUUGUGAAGAGGUGAGGGUUGAGGCGGCGUUGAUAUGAGAGGUGGGUUUUGCUAGGGAGCAGGCCGAGCUGUGUAAGGACCCAUAGCCACGGUGAAACCUUGACCUGUGUGAGAGGUGGGUUGAGAGAGCAGCCAUUCUUAAACUUUGUUAUAAGUAGUCCCCUUAUCAAGGAUGGUGAAAUACCUCUCCACCAUGGGUAAUACACUAGCUAGAGGACUUAGCUGAAGGUACUUUCCUUUUAUUGAGGUAGAACACUGAGUGGUGUUCCACUUGCCACUUGCAAGUUUUGCAAAAGUGGGUGCAUAGACUUAAGGAAGCCUCUCUAUAUUGCACUUGUUAUUAAAACUGCUUUGUGACAUUCUUGUGCAAUACUUUUUGCAGAAGUGUGUUCUUUUCCCUCUGUUUUUCUAUUUUCUCUCUACCUUCCUUCAUCUUUCCUUCUCUCUAAUUUUGGGUGCCUCUAUAGUUAAAUAUAUGCACGUGCUCUCUUUGAUCUUCAGACAGGCAAAGAAUUAUUGUGCGUGCCCUGAUGAUUGCAUGCAACUGUUUACACAAGGACUUUGUACAAUUUACAUGAAUUGCUUCACCUGUGCUGAUACUUAAUGUGUACAUGUUCAUUUGUUAGUGUGGCCCAAUGCUACAUGUCCAUCUCCUGUGCACAUGUCUUAUACACAUCUCUUAUAAACAUCAGUUGUGCACAUGCUAUGUCUUUAAAGCACAUUCAAAGCACAUUUCUCUCAUGGAAUUCUGGGCACAGUAGGUAAGGGUUGCUGGGACUAUUGGUUGUAGUUUGAAUGUUUCAGCUGGAACUGUCUGUUUUACUCCGUUUUGAGCUUGUAUAGCUUUCGUUAUUGCAAUUCUAGGCUUUGUUGGGUCAAAAAUAUGCUAUUGGAAGAACAUUAUGCAGCUAUACCCUUUUUAUAAUGGGAGGACCUAUUUGCAAAUAUAAGUGAUACCCAUCAUACCCAUAUUCAGGACAGAAAACCUAGUUAGACAGUAGUUAGCUUAAACUGGUUUAAUAUAGUAAUGUGUGCAUUACCUUUUCCAAUAAAAUUUUCUGGCCAUUUAUGUUUAGUGACACCAGAAUAUUUUGUGCUGUGAUGUCUUUAACUACUUUCUAUGAAUCUGGCUAAUUCUUACUGGAUGCAGUUUUACAGCAGGCUGUUGGCAUCUGAUGUGGCAAUGAGUUCCAUAGAUUUGUGUGACAAAUCUGUUGGAAUUUGCAAUAAGCUAAAAAAAAAAAAUUAUGCAUAGGCAUAUAUAGGAUUUCACUGUGUUUCCACAAAAUAAAAUGCAAACUAGGGACUGCAAUAACCUUAUGUUGGUGAGAGUCAGGAUAAUUCUGCUUGUAGCAGAGCCAUAUGUAGAUUAAAAAACAAACUCCACCUAUUUCAAGUAGUGUUGCCUUAGCUACUUUGAUUUGGAGUGGUAUUUUCAUCUCCUUCAGUAACCCUACAUAGCUCAGAGCUGCUCUUCCUCAGUGAGAAAUAGCAAGCACUAGGAGGUAGUCUGAAAUAUCUGUUUGCCAAAGAAUAGUUGUGAGACAAGCAUCUGCCCCAGACAAUGCUGUUUAAAACUUAUUUGGAGUGCUCAUCUUCUUUAGCCUCCCAAUGUCACAUCUCUUUGAUGCUUGCACAGAGCUAAUUUGUUAUUUUGUGUGUCUGAGAAGCUCUUCUGUAAAGUUGUCUCUCCUCUUCAUAACGACCACUUUCUGUGCCUAUAUAGAAAUUGAAAAUGCUGAAACAGCUGGUGUCAUGGGCAUGCUGUAUGCCCUCUGCCCCUAUUUUCCAGUUGGAAAUUAGCUUAUGCUUUGGUUUGGGGUGGGAGUUGUAGCUUUUUGUCACACUGCAAGUACCGGCAUUGAAGUUGCUUUGGCUGUUCUUUCUUGACGUGCAUCUUUAAAGAAAUAAGUUUCAAAAAGGAAUGAAGCCCGCAGGUUGUAUGUAUCUUCUUGUGUCACUUGUUGGAAAAUUCCUAUGCAGAAAGCACUUUCAGUUGAUGUAUGUCUGCUGAGAAGCCAUAAUUUGCUUGCUGCUCCCAGUCAUGUCUACAGAGGGUGGGAACAGAUCAUAGAAUUGUAUGGGAUUAGAAGGGACUCCAAGGGUAAUCUAGUUCAGCCCCCUUCAAGGAAUCUCAACUAAAUGGAUGAGGGAACUCUGUAUGCCAGCCAUUAACUGUAACUAGAUCAGGGUUGCCCAACUUUGCAUGCCAAGUGGGCCAUAAGAGUACUUUGACACAGAGCCCACAGGCUGCACACUGCCUUGUCAUGCAGCAGUGGGGGAGGGGGAGAGAAGUGAGGCCAAAAUUUGAGGGGACACCCCCACCAAGGUCUCAUGCUGCCUUCCCAAAGGCUAAGUUGAGGAGGCAGCAUGAGGUUCUGGUAGGGUCCUAGAGCCCUCAUACCUACCGUAUUUUUCGCUCUAUAAGACGCACCAGACCACAUGACGCACCUAGUUUUUGGAGGAGGAAAACAAGGAAAAAAAUUUCUUAAUUUCUGAAGCCAGAACAGCAAGAGGGAUCGCUGCACAGUGAAAGCAGCAAUCCCUCUUCCUGUUCUGGCUUCUGGGAUAGCUGCGCAGCCUGCAUUCGCUCCGUAAGACGCACACACAUUUCCCCUUACUUUUUAGGAGGAAAAAAGUGAGUCUUAUAGAGCAAAAAAUGUGGUAAUUCCCAAAGCACAGUGCCUCACUUACCUGGCUUUGGGAAGGCAGCACAAGGGCUGUGUGUGUCAUUGUCUGUGUCUGUGUCUGAAAUGCAUACAGCCCUCAGGCCACAGAUUGGACCACCUUCCUAGAUGAAGGUUGCAUAUGAAGCAUCCUUAUAGUUCAGUCAGUAGAGCAUGAGACUCUUAAUCUCAGGGUUGUGGGUUUGAGCCCCAUAUUGGGUGAAAGACUCAUGCAUUGCAGUGGUUGGGGUUGAUGACAUUCAUGGUCCCUUCCAACUUUACAAUUCUAUGAUGUUCAGAUGGGAUGCUAACGCCCAGAACACAGGGACAAUGUUUAGGCCAGGGGUCUGCAACCCGCGGCUCCGGAGCCGCAUGUGGCUCUUUUAUACCUUUGCCGCGGCUCCGGGGCGGAUACCAGCGAGGGGAGGAGGCGCAUUGUGCGCCCCGACACUCCCCACUGUGGCGGGCGCUGUACUGGCUGUGACGUCGCAUGCCGUCCCGACGUCACCUUCCCGCCCGCCCACUACAUUGUAAGGGGCAUGUACGCUGGUCACUGCAUUGAAAGGGGGCAUGUACGCUGGUCACUGUUUUGAAGGGGAGUGAAGAACACACACAUAAAAAAAGGUAACUUGUUAAUUUAACGUUUAUUUCUAUGAGGAGGAGUAAUUCUGAGGGGUCAAACAAAGAAAUAAUAAUAAAAGUGACAAAAAAGUUAUUUUUAUAAUGACGAGUUUUGCGGCUCCCAGUUUUUUUUUCUUCGGAAACGGGUCCAAGUGGCUCUUUUUGUCUUAAAGGUUGCAGACCCCUGGUUUAGGUGAUCUCUGUGUUAGGCUAAUUUAUCUUUUACAAAGAAGUUCAUGAAACAAGUCAUCAUUUGAGCCAUAGUCCAUGACUGAAUUUGUCAAAUAUUGGGAAACCUUUUAAAAAAGAACUGGAGAAGAAAUUUGAAUGACUCAGUUGGUGGCCAUGAAGAACCGUGCAUCUAUGUCCACUCACACAUACCGUAAACAUGCUGCCUGUGGACUCCUAAGGUUAUCAGUUACUUAAAGGGAGAAAGAACUAAAAGAAUGUGUGGCACCUUAAAAGCUAAGAUUUCAGUCCUGACAAUACCUACUCAGAAGUAAGUCCUGUUGUAUUCAGAGGGACUUAUCACAGGUAAGUGGGGUUAGGAUUGCAGCCCAACACAUUUUAUUAUGGCACCAGUUUUCGUGGACUAUAGUUUGCCCAUUUUUCCUUCCUCUGUGACAAUUGAGGCAGCUAAAUGAUAAGCCAGGCAAGGUAACUGCUGCCUCUAUUCUUUUUUCUUCUGGCUGGUCCAUCUGGCAACAGUUACUUAUGUCAGUUCCUUCCAGCCAAACUUGGAAGUCUUACCUGAUCCAUGUGUAGCACUUCCCACAUUUCUAGUUUAAGUACCUCUGGGCUCUUUGUGGAGGUAGGGUGGGAUAGAAUAUGUAUGUAUAGAUAGAUGUCGCUGCAAAACAUAGCAUGCUGUGAUAUUGGGGGACUGCAGCCCUUGCUGGUAGAGAAGGUGGUGAGGACAGUCUAUCUCACAUGCUGCCCCUUCUUCUGCAUGCAAGGCAGCCUGUUCUAAUGGUCUUUGUGAAGGAGGAGGGGUCUAGUCUGAGCUGGUGAACCAGCAGAAGCUGGGAAAGACUGUAAAGAGUAUACUAAACAUUGUAUUAUAGCCUUUUUCUUAGAAAGCUCUAGGCAAAAGCAAAAUGAAAAUAUUUUCAGGAACAGUGGCUGGUGAAUGCUCAAAUAACAUUCCCAUUACUUUAGACAGUAGAGUAGAAUUAUAUAAAAAAAUUAUGUUCCUACCAGUUUUUGCUGUUACCAGUGGAAUCAAGCAUAGCUUUAUUAUUUAUUUAAUUUAUAACAUUCAUAUACCACUUGAUUUUAAAAAGCCUCACAGUGGUUUACAAAAAGAUAAAACAAUAUAAUCAAGAAAAAUGUACAACCAUACUUAAAAACAUACAAGAAUUAAAAUACUAAAACAAAUUAAAAUUACUUCAAUAUAUUACAGUAAUUGAUGCUAGUUUCCCCUCAUCUGUUCCCUUUCAAAUGGAGAUGCCAUCUGAAUAUUUUAUAGCAUAUAAUCUAAUACUUAAGCACUAAGGAGAUUGCACUCUGCUUUUGGGUUGAUUGAACAAACUGAGGACAGGUUUUCUUUUUUAAAGGGCUCUCUUCUCAGCUUUUUGUUUCUCAAAGUGGAACACAGCAAUUCAUGACUUAAACUUCAGUGUUUUUAUGGAAUAUCUCCUAAAGUGUGUGCAAGGGUUAUUUUUCAUUAGUGAGAAUGGUCUGAUCAGCAUACUCUGCUUUAGUUUCACGCUCUCAAAAACAGUGCUGAUUAAGCACUUUCCCAAUGUUUUUAACACAUUGAAGCUACAUUGUGCUGCUUGCAAAUAUGGCCUUUGUCCCUGAGGCUAAUGUUCUUUCUUCCAAAUGAAUCCUUUGGUAGAGGGAGUUUAGAAGCCUCACAUCCUGUGUUAACCUUUGUGACUGUUCCAAAGAGAAUUCUGAACAGUUAUCUUGCUUAUAAUUGGGAUUCAUGAAAAAAAACCAGUGGUUAGACACAGCAUGCAGCUGAAAAUAAUUUUUUACAGUACAUAAAAAACAAAAGCAGGUGUUUUUGUGCAUCAGAAAUAUUCUCCAAAAUCCACAGUUGGGCAAUACCUUUAUUACAACCAACCAAAAUCUCACAAAAUGGUAGCAAGCCUUCUCGUUCUCCAGAAAUCCUCUUCAUCAAGAAAAGAUGUUAUUCAGAAGUGGGUGGGGUCAGCAGGCCUGUGCAGAGCUUGUCUGAGGCCUUGGGUGGGAGUCUUGUUAGAUAAAGUUAUAAACUCAAAAAAGCAGCUAGUCUCUAGUGGGGGGGGGGCAACCAGCUUAGUCCUCUGACCCCUGGGGCAAGGGUACCCUGCUGUCCCCCACCUUUGCAUGGGCCUGGGUGGGGAGGGCUACAUAACUACACCACCCAGCUUCUGCCCUAGCUAGAUGAGGAAUGGUGAAGGCCGACAGGGAUGCCAACUAGAUUUCCAAGAUGGUGAACUCUGUGUGGAUUGGGUCCCCUGCAUCCCGCCCCCACUCCCUUGCAGUAGAUGCACCAAUAGUCUGGCACACAUUUUCUUGCAGAUUUUAAGAAGGUGGUAUGCCUGGCAACACUGCUGAUUCUAACUGCUUUCAUGAGUAUGAAUAGUAGCGAUUCAGUGUUUAAUUGUUUGAUUUAAAACAGUUUAAUUGAUUAUUAUAAGAUGUCCUCAGUUAGGCAACUUUAUUUUUAAUUGCCAUUUCUGCAUCUUCUUAGAAACAAAGUAGCAAUGCCUCUUGCUUUAUAACUGUUGGUUUUACCUAUAUGUAAAUGUACGUAAUCAAAUGAUGGUCCUAAUAGCAUUUUGUAGAGCUGAAUAUUCCACAUUAUUUCCUUCAGAGCAGAAAGCUUAGGUGGGAAAUUAUGUUAUUCAUUUCUGAAGAUAAUUAGGGCUUGCAUUAUGACAUUUCUUUUUUUUAAAGUAAUAUUUUCUGUGGUUCUGUUUUGUGAACGUUAAUUGAGACAAAUGACUUACUUUGGAGAAACACUUUAAAUAUAUAGUAAAUGUUUUUAUUAAAACUUUCUGACCUUUCUACCAUGUAUUGGAAGGGACUGGGUCUUGUAUACAAAUUUUCAUUCUUACUGCUCCUUUUGAAAAAGAAGCAUUUUGUCUUGUGAGACAUGCAGUAUAUUUUCAGACUUGCCUUUAAUUUAGUAAACAAAAAUACUAAAAUGUUGGUAAUAAAAUAAAAUAAAAUGUAUGAGACGCUUUGAAGGCAUGGCAACAACAUAGAUCUAGGACAACAACAGCAGGGCAAAGUUCUUGCCUGUGUGCCAUGAGUUUUUUCAGAAGGAAGUGGGUUUAAUGAUAUUGAGUGUUGAUAAAUGCAUUUGCUGAAAACCACCCCCAUCUCUAAUACUGACCUGCAGCUUACUCUUGUCCUUUUUUUCAAAUAGGUUAGGUGGACCUGAUCCUCUGGACUACGUCAGUAUGUACAGGAAUUUGGGGAGUCCAUCCCAGAAUGUUCCUGAGCACUGGCACUAUGUAAGCUUUGGAUUGAGUGACUUGUAUGGUGAUAACAGAGUACAUGAGUAAGUUUUUAAUAAUUCUCAUUUACUGUGGAUUGUGGGUUUCUGUAGUAGGCAGAAAAUGUGAUAGAAGCAGCAUGCAUGCACACAUACAAAAAGUAGGUUUAUGUGACAAAGAUAGAAUGGGACUGUCUUUUCCCAGGGCAUUGUUGCUGGCCUGCAAGUACCAGAUUUCAACAAAAGUUAAAAAAAAUAGCUACUGGAAUUCAGUAUGAAAUUGCUAAACUAAAAUUUUAUCAGCAAAUUUUAUUUUAUUUGUUCAGGGUUUAAGAGAAAAUCUCCCACUGUAGGUGUUAAUUUAGCAUAGCAAGGAUAGGAAGGAUUAUAAUAUUGCCAAUUACUGCUAUUGUGAAUAGUCACUUUGCUUACUUUUCCAUGGAAAUGUUAAAGUUCCUGUAACACUUUAUGGCCUUUGGCAUUGCUGUUUACAAUUCUCUGCCAUUUAUACCUCUAUGUGUCUAUCACGUUAGGUUCACACGUCAUAAAGUAAUAUACAGUCCAUGAGCACCAAAGGCAUGCUUUUGUGUUUUGCAUUUCAACAGACUAUCAGAGCUGCCCUUCUCAAGUUCAUACCGUAUGUAAUUGUUAAAACAUGGCAGAACAACAUGCAGAUAGUUUCUGGGUGAAGAUGCAUGUUAGUUUUUACUGAGAAAUUGUCUAUACUUGUCUGUUCUUGCUUUUCCCCCAUUUACAGAACGAGCAUAAUUUGAUCCUGUGCUGUUUCAGGGUGAAUUAUGUUUGUAUAAAAGUAUUCUAUGACUUGUAUUUUAAAUGUAAACAUGUGUUUCCCCUAUUUAAUACUUUUAAAACAGCAGCUACAGCCAUUUAAGAACAACUUUUCUAAAGCGUACACACACUAACAUUUACAACUAGCUGCCCUGUCCCUGUCCCCUGUGUUGCUAGUGAGACCCAAUCCUGAAGACUUCCUCUAUUUUCUGCAGCAUAGACUGCCAGGGCAAUGUUAUUGGUCAUACUCGGAGUAGACCCAUUAAAAUCAGUUCACUCAGCGUGCCUGUGGUGCUCAUGGACUGUAUACUACUUUAUGAAGUGUGAACCUAACAUGAAAUAAGUACAUUGAUUUCAGUGGGUCUGUUUUGAAUACAACUUAAAUUGGUCUGCACUGAAUAUGGGUUGGUUACAUGCAACCUUUUAAACUGUAGCUUCAUAUCUGUUAACAUUUUAUUUAAAUAUGUAGCUGGUUAGGAUAUAGUGUACUGUGUUUCAUUUUGGCCCUGUGACAAUAGGGGAUUCAGAUGAAUGGGUGCUGGGCUAACUUUAUGUCACACUGACAGAUUCCACACUGACAGAAAAGUGUCAGAUAGACUAGCCACCGAGAGGCCUGGUUUUAGCAAUCAGUGCAGUGGUGGCACAAGUUAUUUGAUCUGGAGUAAACUGCAUUUCAGCCCAUCCAGCACCCUGCAAGCCUCUAGGACACAGUCCCACAGGCAUCUGGUUGGCUGUUGUGAGAACAGGAUGCUGGACUCCAUAGCUCUGAGGUAAUGCUUCUUCCCAUAUGGCACUUAACUAGGCUUUGAGGUAGUCACAGAAUAAUAGAGUUAGAAGGGGAACCUGAUUCAACUAAAGCACCUAUGACAGAGGGCCAUCCAACCUCUGCUUAAAAACCUCCAGUGAAGGAGAAUCCAUCACUUUCCAAGGGAGUCUGUUCCAGUGUUGAAUAGCUCUUACCAUUAGAAAGUUCUUCCUGGUGUUUAGUCUAAAUCUCCUUUUUUGUAACUUGAAGCCGCUGGUUUGGGUUAGUAAUAUUUUCAGUUAAUCAACUCUAAUUUAAUUCAUUACCCUGUUGCUAGCAGCAUAAUGCCAUUAGAAUCAGCUCCUUGAUGCUCAGUUUCUGUGGAAAGGAAAGGGCCAUGCCCACUAAUCAGGACAACACAGGCUCUCAGUGCUGUAUUUUGAAAUAAGAAUGUCUAGCUUGAAUUGAGGCCACUAUUAAUAAUGGAAUUGCAAACAGAUGUAGCAAGUGAGGUGUGAAUGUUAACUUUAAUUUUAUAUUUUAAUGAUCCUGCAAAGGCUGAAAUGUAGCCCACCCAUGCCUCCUUGUUGACAGACUUACUUCUAGUUAGAAGGGUGUGGUUUUCAUAUUCUGCUUAAAUACUGGUUGUUUAAAUCUAAAUAAAUAAAUUUAUUUAAAAGCACUGUAGUGACAUGAAUUAUUCCUGAUUUUUAGAUGUCAUUUUCAUUCAAAAAUACUAGGCAAAAGAACUUUAUGUUGUAAUGGCAAACAUGACACCAGCUUUAAACGUCAACAUCUUCAGUCAGUACAUUUGUCAGGAUGGAGUUUGCAACUGUGGAAUUAGUAUUGUUGAAAUUGGAUUCUUAAAUAUAUCAGGAAGAGGCAAUAUCUUUAGUUCUGAUUCAGUUUAGGACUAAGGACAACUAACUUGCCCUUUUUCAUGUAGGAUACCCAGAAUACCGCUUUAUCUUAUUUUAUUCUUUUAUUUCAUAAAUUUUAUACGCUGCUUGAUUGUAAAAAAAAAAGAAGACCCACCCCUUGUGGUUUACAAAAAGAUAAAACAAGAAAAUCAAGAAAAUAUUACAACUCUGACUUGUCCAAACUAUUUUACCCAUAGUAAUUUACUUUUCUUUGAAAAGGAAGAAAAUGAAUGUCCCCAUUUCAUACACAUUUGCUUAGGGCAAUUUUAUAAAUCUUGAAACAUUCAGCCACACACCUCAAAUAGUAUCCUGCCUCUCUCAUUCACAGCAUCAAGGCACUUUUUCAUACUUCCUGUUCUCUGUUGGUGGUAGACCUCCCUUGAAGCCACGGCCACCUUGUGGAAUUUAUUUUCUUGUGUGUGUUUGGCUUUAAAAUGUCAUUUGUUUAAGGUAGUUAAUGUAAAAGACGGGCCACCUACAGAGAGGCUGCCUUGCACUGCUUAAACUCACACACAAUCCCUGGAACUAAAACACAUCCUUAUUGUUAAAUAUUUUAGAGUUCAAGAUUUUUUUUUUUAGCUGUGGAGGGAGACUUGUUUUAUGUUUACAGCACAGUAGUUGAACUUACAAGGAAGGCUGCUUUUAAUAAAAGGAAUGUAACCAAGUUUGGCUCGGGGCAAAGCCGGUCUGCAGCAUAUCUUGCAUGUUCUUCCUUGGAGAAUAACCCUCUUUCCUUUCUAGUGUAAAAUAGUUUCCCAGUGUACUGUGAUAGUAGUUGUGCUGUGGGGGGCAGUGAAGACUGGCUGUUCAAGAACACUAAAGCUAACAAAUGUCCGAGUGCAUUUUCUUUUCUUUUAAGACAUUAUCAUGUUGGCACUUUUGUUAACUCCUGACUUGUGCAUUCUAGGUUAGAACUGAGAAUCCCAAUUCCCCUUUCACUGAGUUCUUCAAGGUCUUUGGGAGAUUUGGCUGCUGUGUGUGACCUGUGCUCUCACAAGCUAGUCCCCAUUGCAUCAUUCUUCCUAACUAUUUCUAUCCUGCGUUGGGUGAACCUGAGCUGGAUCCUGCUUGUUUUCUACAUUGUUCAGUAUUCCGAGCCUCCUAAACUGCUAAUUACCUGUUUUCUGAUUAAUUUGUGUCUGUUCAUGAGCUUUGUAGGAAUGGGAAAAAUCCUGUUCCUUCUUGCAACAGGUCACUGAACUGACUAAUUAUAGCAGUCUCUGUGAGGCCUAGGAAGGCAACAUUACCAGAUCUCUCUCUGUCUCCUUUGGCAAAGAACAGACAUCAGCCAGAUAAACUAAAUGGAACUAAUUGUUUUUAUAUAUGUGAGUUACAUACAUUCCAUAAAAACAAUUCCAGUGUGGUUUGUAUAUUGUGUAAUGUAAGACUAAUUGAAAAAAUAUAAGAGAUACUUAUUAGUUUGGAUACUGAAAAGUUGAAUACUGUCUGAUCUUGAACAUUGUCCCCCAGGAAUUGUAGUAAAUGUGAUAUUGCACCAGUGUGUGGUAGGUCACAGGAGCAAGAGUUUUGCAAGGAAAAUUAUUCUUGCUUAUUAUAAACUGAAAAGCAGACUUAAUCCUACAGCAAUUGCACACACUGUCUUCAGAGUCCUGAUCUGUUAAGCGUUUCUGAGGAGUUGCUAACAAUAUGGACUAGAUGACCCUCAGGGUCCCUUCCAACUCUGCAACUUCUCUUCGGGUUGCUACAGGUAUGGAGUGGGGGGUUUAACUCUUUCCUCCUCUUCCUUAGGAAUUUUCAUCUCCAAACAUGCUAGUUGCAUUUGGAAUAAGUUUCACAUUAGCACUAGUGACUUCAUUUGCAUGUCAUACAAAGCUGCAGAUGGCAAACUUUGCAUGAGCUGAUCUUGGUCACUUCACUUCACUCCUCUCCACUUGUGCUUGGGAGAAACAAACAGCGACCUCCUGGCUUAGUGUUGUUUCAAAACCAGGGAUCAGCAUAAGCAAAGCAGCGUUGGCUUACCAAUUGUGAUUUGUUUGAGUAAAAUAAACCAUGCUAUCUAUUUUGCACAUCACACUAAGCCAGGUAUCAUGGUUUGUUUCUCCCCAUUUUGAGCAGGGGUGAACAAAGAAGCACUUUUGGCUUCUGCAUGGUACAGUGGUACCUUGGGUUACAUACUCUUCAGGUUACAGACUCCACUAACCCAGAAAUAGUACCUCGGGUUAAGAACUUUGCUUCAGGAUGAGAACAGAAAUCAUGCUCCCGCAGCACGGUGGCAGCAGGAGGCCCCAUUAGCUAAAGUGGUGCUUCAGGUUAAGAACAGUUUCAGGUUAAGAACGGACCUCUGGAACAAAUUAAGUACUUAACCCGAGGUACCACUGUACAUGCAAAUGUGUCCUGUGCCUACAUGUCUGGCACUGCUUCCCUCAUUGACUAAGCACAAUGAAAGUAAGCAGGGAACAUGCUUCUUUCAGAAUGAUGAGCAGAGUUGUCCCUGCCUCUUUUGCAUUAUAUUUCUGGUUAGGGACUUGCCCUUUAAAAAAAUGAAAUAAAAACCAAAGGUAGGAAUCCAGGCCAUCUAACAUGGUUGAAGUGGACACCAGGUGAUAUAGUUCAAACUCAGUUAAAACCUGGCCAACUGAGUAGUUAAGGCUCUCUCCCCUGUUAACCUUAACCAGUUCAAAAUCAUUCUUCCCAAGUUUCUCUUUCACCUAUCUGGUUAUCUGCAUUUCUUAGCCAUAAAUGAAAAACAGCUUGAUAGGAGGGGUGGUCAUGAAACUAGAAAAGGACCAGUGAAGAAAGAGUUGAGCAGUCUUUCCUCUUCUUCCCUGCUUGCCCUCCCCCCCCCCCUUUGGGCAGCAUGGAGCAUGCUGCUUUAGAUUAAAAUAAACAGCGUCAAGAAAAAAAAUCUCAUGUAAUACAUAGUUUGAGUCCAAGGGAGCAAAAAUAGUGCAAAGUAAAUGUCUAAAGUUACUGGUUUCAUGUAAUUUGGCAGUGUGACAAGUCUAGCUUAAUUUUCAGUUUUCAUGUUCUAGCAGCAUAUUGUGGUAUUGGGACACACUAGCAUGCAAAGUACUGCAGACGUUACUAGCUGAAUUGGGAUUGGCUAAUUGAAAAGGCUCCUGGCCUGUUUUAAAGCCUUCAGUGGUGUAUAUGUUGGCACUGUGUUAGCUUCUGAAAACAAAGUUCAAAUUACACUGAAAAUUGGCCUGAAGUGCUGUUUGUACUUUGCUCAUUGGAAUGGUGGCAUAGUUACACAUAAACAGUUAUGUCCCCCUGCCUGCUGCCCCAGUGGUCAUCUUCAUAAAUAUGUUUACAUGUAAGUACUCCUUGCUUUAAAGUAAAUAUGUGAUAUACUUUUCCCCCUGUCCAGUGAGUUACCUCAUAUCUUUCUUCCAAUAAUGUAGUUCUUUUACACUGGAAUGUGGGGGAAAUUACCUACUAAAGUGAGAAUGUAUACAUUUUGGCAAAGAGCUUUAACUUUGAAUUAGAAAGCCUGAAUCUUGGGGGGCCUGUUAAUGCAAAGAGAGAUCAAAAAUUUGUAGAGAUCAAAAAUUGUGUUUUAAAAACAGAUAGACACUUAGAGGAAUGUCUCCAUACUCACCCACUUUUAGUUUCAUUAUUUAUUUAUGUCUAUUUAUAGUGAACUAGAAUCAUGUGUUUUGUAAUACAAGGAGUAGUUGUGAACCCCCUAGAUGCUGGAAUGUGGGGGUGUAUAUAGUAAGGCUUUAAAAAUAUGUGGAUGUUUAGAUUGAAAUAGGAACACAUUCACCUUUCUGCCAAGGACUCAGAUGUGCUGAUGUGAUUUCUACUGGCCAAGUUUGAAAUAAAAAUGUAAGAUGUGAAAGUGCUAUCAUUUUAGCAGUAGUGAGUAUAACUAUAAUGGAGAAGUUAAGCUUAUUCCACCCAUGCAUGUCUUUGCUGAUUGUCUUCCAUAGUUAGCUGCAUAUAAUCAUAUAUAUUACUUCUAAAACCAUCUGACAUUCUUACAAAAAAAAUUCAGAUAACAAUUCACAAAUACAAAAUAAAAGGCUAUGUUCUGAAUUACAGGUGUCACAGGACACUGAAUAAUCAGAUUUCUUAAUUUACAAAGAUGGUAGUUAAUUGCUAUUUCCCCCCCUCACAUUUAAUUGAAACAGUAUUGCAGUCGGGGGAUCAUUCUGGGUAUAAAGUUGUAUGGCUUCCACCUAAUUAUAAAUACAGGUGUCCCCCCACUUACGCGCAGCUGCAUAUACGCGUGGUGCCAGGAAACCACCAAAUUAUUCAAUUCAUACCCGGAAAUGACUGGAGAGAGCUGGAGAGUGCUCAUGGCUUGUGAGGAGACCCCCGAGCCCGAAGUGGACAUCAGUGAGGGCAAAGGAAACCCUGAAGAGAUUGGAGGUGCAGCGGGGCUUUGUUUAUGUUGCUCAGCCUCCCCACCUAACAGCUGAUGUGUCGGUCCCAGAGCCUCCUGAUAGUCCAGGGGUCAGCAAACUUUUUCAGUGGGGGGCCGGUCCACUGUCCCUCAGACCUUGUGGGGGGGCCGGACUAUAUUUUUUGGGGGGAGGGAUGAACGAAUUCCUACACUCCACAAAUAACCCAGAGAUGCAUUUUAAAUAAAAGCACACAUUCUACUCAUGUAAAAACCCCAGGCAGGCCCCACAAAUAACCCAGAGAUGCAUUUUAAAUAAAAGGACACGUUCUACUCAUGUAAAAACAUGCUGAUUCCCAGACCGUCCGUGGGACAGAUUUAGAAGGCAAUUGGGCUGGAUUUGGCCCCUGGGCCUUAGUUUGCCUAUCCAUGUGCUAGUCCCAUAGCUUCAAUUCUAGUUGUGGAUAUUUUUACAUACAGUAUUUUUGGUUCAUAUUGGAGAGAGAGCAGCAGAGAGGACGUUAAAAAGGUGUUUAGAGGGUGCUCCCCACUUUAUGCAAUUUCACUUAUGCACACGUAGGCCUGGAACGUAACCCCCACAUAGGUGGGGAGUUGCCUGUAAAUCGGAUGUCUAGCAUCUUUCUCGCAGACUUCUGUAGUUGGUCGGUUUAGUCAUAACAGCAUCCUUCCACAUUUUAUUAAUACCAUCUAUUCACUGGUACUCCCAGUUGUUUCCGAUGCUUUGUAUAUAACAUUUGAGCAGCUUAUGCUAUAUAACCAGCCAGUUCUAAAUGCUCCCUUUUAAUUGUAUCUUUUUUAUAGGUUAAUUAAUAGAAAUAAUAAUAGAUGUGUACUUGUAGAGUGUCCCAGUUUAUUUUCUGUAUCAUGGUAGUUGGCAAAGCCUGGAAUGCAGGGCAAACAUGUUUGGUAACUAUAAACAGAAUAGGAAAUACAAAUGUGUGUGAGAGAAAAGUAGAUGAUCCAUCCAUACAAUUCCAUUCCUUGACUUGAUUUUCACGAUAAUAUUUUCAAAAAAUAAAUAAGAUGCUAAAGUUGGGGAAGGCAUUAUAGCUCUUAGAUCUUGGUAGGAUCUGAGAUAAUUAACUCUUGGUCCUGAACAGAUUUUGAUGUCAUUUUCUGAGACAUAUUUGGGGGUUCUUUCUAAUGUUUUCCCUUGCACCAGGAAUGAAUGACAUAGUGGCAUCAUAAUUUCAUCUGCUUAUGAUGCUUUAUUGUUGUGAAACCUUUUGUCAUUAACUUCAUCCAGGUUUACUGGAUCAGACGGACCAAGUGGUUUUGGAUUUGAACUGACAUUUCGACUUAAGCGUGAAACCGGGGAAUCUGCACCACCGACAUGGCCAGCAGAGUUGAUGCAAGGCUUAGCCAGAUACGUCUUCCAAUCAGGUACUAUUUAUGUGGCUUGUUUUAUGCCAAAAGGUUGGUGAUAUUUGAGUUCGUUAUUUUGUUUUUGUAGUAUGCCUUUUAUGAGGCACUCAGCUUUUAUUCCGUUUACUUACAACUAAUAUGGUUGUGAAUUUUUGCAUGACAGAUCAAACAAAUUCAAAUAUUUAUUUUGCUGGAAGUAAAAUGAAUAGAGGGAGAUACUGCCAUUUAUAUAUUUGAGCCUUUUGAGACUGUUUCAUGAUUUGUGGAUAACAAAUGCGGCAUCCAAGUAUGAUUAUUCUUAAUUCCUUUGAUGCAGACUUCAGUAGUCUAUGUCCAAUUACCUUCAUAAUCUUGGCUUUGAUCUCUCUUCAUUUCAUCCUUUUUAUAUGGAUUGGUCCAUAGAGAACUUUAGAAUAUCAGAUAUAAAUAUACAGAUCAGCUUACAUUUUAAAUAACUGUGGUUGUUUUAAGAUAUACAAAUGUCAUAAAAGGAAUAUUAUUACAAGCUGAUUAAAAUGCUAAAAAUUACAAGCAAAUAUUAUGGUGCAAAUAUGAAAUGUAUUUUUGCUACACAUAAAAUUACUGGAAUAAAAACUGUGGGUUAAUUUGAUCUUGUGCUUUUUUGAAAAAUUGAGCUUUUCUUUUGUUGAAAUAAUAAGCUAAUCAGUCUAUCUGUCUCAUGAAGUUGUUUAAUUUCACCAUAUAUACCAUAUCCCAGAUAAUCAAUAUCACAGUGUCUGUAGAGCUUAUCCAUUUUGGGCAAAUCAUUUUUGCUGCUGUCCAUAAACUGUCAUUUCUCAGGCCUUAAGGUAUGCAAAUAUUAUUAUCUCAGCAUCUCUUAGGAGAUCAUAACUCAGUAUGCUUGUUAUUUCUUUUAACACAUUUCCAAAAGGGCCUACUCAUUAGACGUACUCAUAUUAUAUGAAUAGGCGUGUGUAGCACAUUUCUUUGGGAUGUGUAGCCAGGAAUUUUUCUCUGUUUAUUUCAACAAAGAAAGAAAUGGAAUAAUAGGUAAAAGAAAAUAGCAAAGAAAAGAUAAAGAGGCAGAAAGCUAACAAAGCAACCAUGAAAGAACGGCCAAGAAGCCAAAACAGGACAUUUUUCAUGCAGAGAAAAAGACCCAUGUUGAGCUGACCAGAGGCAGGGCAGAUCUAGCUGAGGGCAGCCAGUGGGAGCUGGUAAGUCAGUCAGCCAAUGGGGGAGAGGGAGAAUGGAAUUUAAGAUUCAGAUAGGGACUGUCUGAGAGAAUGCAGGCAGAGAUUGUCUGUGGGUUUGAUAGGGACCUGGGAUUGGAGAUAUGGACUUUCUGUCUGGGUGGGCGGAAGGGGUCUCUGACUAUCUGAGUGGAAUUAGAAAGGGUUGAUGUCAGUGAGGACAGAUAAUGAAUUGACUGUCAGAGAUAGAGAUUGUAUGCGGACAGACAAGGUUCUAUCUGCCUGGAGGGAAGGUCAAGACUCUAGAAGGGCUGGAAGUGUUUUAUGGGGUAGUGUAAGGCAAUAGUCAUCCUAGAAAGAAUUUAUGUCUAGUGACAGGUUUAAAUCAUUUUUAAAAAAACAAACUUAAAAGCUCUGUUUGAAACAGUUUUGUACCUGUCAAAAGUAACCAUUAAUCUACAGUAGAACAUCUUGGAGUGUAAACAAAGUUCAAAUUUUGUUCUAAAAGUGCCUUAUCCUUAUUUAGAUGUUCUGAAUGAGGGUUAAGUGUUUGCAAUUAUAACAUAUUGCUGCUGGUAAAUAUAAACAAUAUCAUGAACAGUUAAUUGAAAAACUGCUGAGGAAAUACAGGCAGAGAUUUAUCUAAAACACACCUAAAGUAGUGGUCACACUACUGAGCUUAAGUGAAGGGUGUCUGUCACGCCCUCCUCUUCCUAUACUGCUCCUGCUGGAGCCAGUCACCCCAACAUUGCUUCCAGAAAGGAACGCAAGCAGAAGCUGCGGAUCCAUUCCAGCCUUUUUAUUCUGCCUGUGUCUCUCUUUGUCUUUUUAAAAAACGGUUAUAAUGAACCUAUAUUGCACACUGCUAUAAUAAUGUAUUUAAAAAAACAACAACUGAUAGCUGAAAACCUUAUUGAUUUUCAUGAUCUAGGGAGAAAGCUGUUUUGGAGAAAGUAAGAUGAUAGGGCCUUCUGUGUAUAGAAGAGCCCCUGCUGAGCCUCUGCUGUUGAUUGCUGUUAGAAUGUUGGCAACAUCUAGCCAUGAAUACUUCACUGUUACUCUCCUCUUCCUUCUGCUUCCCCAGAAUGCUGGGCCUGAGUGGCCAAUUAUUUUUUUUUAAGUGAAUUAUCAGGACUAUAUUUAAAAGGAUUAUAGAAGGCCUGGACUUCAUGAAACUACAAAGCUUAAGCAUCUUUUAAAGUGCUGCCAGCAGAUUGAAAAAUAGCUGUCUCCUCUUUUAUUUCAAGAAUGCAAAGUACAAAGCAACUACUGAUAAUUUGUAUUUAUCCAUUUUUUUAAAAAUCACAAUUUUUAUCCCUUCAGUUUAUAAGCAUGCCCAAUCCUCAUUGCACCAUUAAGAUUGGGGGAAUGGGGAGAUUUCCUUCACCAGGAAAAACAAAACAAAAAACAAAACUGUACUUCUGUAAAUGUGUCAUUUCUCACAGUCAUUCUGGUGCAUGGAUGCUAUUUUAGUUACAUAAAGGAUGACCCUUGGAGAACUAAAAUCACUCUGUGGGGCUCUGCGACAGAACAUUGCAGUGUGUCAAUGGUGUGUGUAUGCUGAGCAUCUGACUGAAGCAGGAGAAGUUAGCAUCAAAGUCUGUUUUAGAUUUGGCUUGCUUUGUGGAAAAAAUGUUUAUUUUUAGUUUCCAAACAUUUAAAAAAAUAUAGCCAGUUGGCAUGCAAGUCAUUGGGUGUGAGGAUUUUCCAAUUAAUUAUUUAUUAAACAAAUUUAUAUGUUCGUUUUGCACCCCAAUUCAGAUGGAUUUGAGCCAAGAUCAUUGUGAUAGUAGGCUAGGCCUAGACAAUUAAGAGGGUCAGCUGUAUUAAAGCUGUCCCACUUUCCAGUCAUUCAGCAAAGACAAAAUAAAGACAGCUUCUUCGAGAUUUUGCAGAAUUUUUAUUUCACGUUCAAACUCUAAACACAGAAGUGUACACAUGAACUUCAUUGGACCGUGCCGCAAUAUCACUGUGUUUGGAACAUCUAGUUAUAUUUACAGUAAUUUCUUCAAAGAUGCAUGGAUUGCAAACAAUAACUCUAGGCUACCCCCAGCUUCCUCUGUAAAAAAAGCAGAGAAAGAAAGUGACAAAAGAUUAGUAUUUCUUCAGUUGCUUGCUCUUUUUAUGAAUAAUAUAAUUUGUGCUAUUAAUAUUUUUUAAAUUUUCAUUUGAAUUUAUUAUAAUUAUGUCUAUGUAUACUUAGUGAAAAACAACUGUGCAAGUUUCUAUGUAUUUAUUUCUUUAAAAAUAAAAACCCUGGCAGUUCAUACCAUCUAAAUAGAAAGGUCUUGUGCUGAUUUUGGACAGUUCUCAAGUUUUAGGGAGCUACUUAUUUAUUCAUUACUAAGGCAAAAUAUAAGGCUGUAACCAUCAGAAAGAUAUAUUGGGUAGGAAUUAAAUGUGUGGGAAAGAACCCAAUCACAGCUGGCAUUUUUUAAGGCCUUUUCCCCAUGGAGAAAUGUGUCUGCUUUCAGAUUUACAAGGUGUAGGUAUUGUGUUAGAUAGGGGACUUCUCUGUAAAGCUUUGCUUGUCAGGAUUAUUGUACGUGCAUGGAAGAUGCUCCCCAUUUUAGCCAAUGGGUGAUAAUAUAAAGUUUUGAGUGGAAGAAACCCAAAACAUGGAUAACCACCGGCAAAUAGGCAUGUGCAUAAGCUUUUCAAAACUAUACUUACCCUCAUUGCUUAACUACUUUAAGUGUUGAAAUUCACACUUUCCACUAAAACAGUUUCAUGCUUCUGUUAAUUCUAGAAGAUGUUUUUUGUUUGAUACCAUCUGUUGGCAGGAUUUGACAUUCUUUCAAAAAAUAAUGCCCAGUUGAAGUGUAAUAACCAAAUGGCUUGGAGUUUGAGAAUGAGCAAGUGUGAGCAUCAGACUUUUGCCCUUCUCCUUUAUGUCGUAGGUGAUGGAAAUUUGUUUGCUUGUUUACUAAAAAUAUUUUAAACUGUCCAUUAGAAAGAUACGAGGGCAGUAUACAAAGGCCUCACAAAACAGAACAUAAGAAUAAAAUACCCUAAAAAUAGUAAAGAUCCUUCAAAGCAUCAUUGUCAUGGAGGAAAGUAAAAACAAGCCAAGCAGACUAUAAAGCCAAUUCUAAAAUUUAAAAAUGCCUGCAAAAACAAUUAACUUUUAACCUGGAACCAAAAUGAUUGUAACAUAGUGCCAGUCAGUGUCAUGAUUCACAUGACACGUUGAAACCAUCAUUUAUGAAUGAGCAGUGUGCUAGGGCAUGCUGCAUAAAAGACUACUCUAUUCUCAAGCACAGUGGGCAGGAAACAAACCAGAGGUUGUCUUGCUGUUAACCACAAGGGUUGGGUUGCAUGUUAACAGCUGUCCAAUCUCUGAUUUGUAUGGUAGGUUAGGCUGAGAGAUUGUUAUCAAGGUCACCCAGGGAGGGAGCUUCAUGGCUGAAUGGCGAUUUGUACUUGGGUUUCCCCAGUCUCAGUUUGACAUACCGGUACGUUUUGCUUCUAGUAUAUCUAGCAAUGUUAUGUGUGGUUGACAUGUGUCGCUGCAAUAAUUGGAGGCUUUACCUUGGACAUUUUCUCUUAGUAGUAGUAGUUGCUGUGUUGAGGACAGCAGCAGCUGUGGACCAGGGAAAGAGCUAAAUCUUUCUUUUAUAUCUUCAAAAGUUGGCAGGCAUGAAUGAUUAAACCUGGUGUAUAACGCAGAAACUCUCUCUGACAGCUAAGUAGGCUGCUCCUCUUGCCCCGCCUCUGCUUCCCAACAAAAUGUUAAUUGGCUGAAGCAGAAUCUGGUAAGCACAGUACAGACAGAAGCCCUGUUGUGUCCUACACCCUCGUUUGUGCUACUCUUUCCACAUCAUUGUUCCUGUGUCAAGAAUUUUGUUAAGUCGUCUUCAGUUUUAGGGUCGCAAGACCCUUUAAUUAGAACUGCUGAAUUCACAGAAGAGAAGACGAAUUAUUAAACUGCUAUUUGAUUAAAAUCUUGCCUUAGAACUUGUGUUUUGUCACUAAACUCAAGUUGCAUAGUAAGAGUCCUCUAGAUUGUAACUUCAUCUUAGUAUUGUUGGGACUGCCAUGGAAAGACUGAUCUUGCAUGACAUUGUAUGGUGAGUUAAGGCCUGGCUUUCAAGCUUUAAUGUUUACUGGCUCUAGGGGAUUUGAAUUGGCCUUCAUAUCAUUUUUUCACAUGGGUGGUUUUCUGUAGUUUAAUUGAGCAGUCACUGUGAAUUUUGUGGUUUGUGUGGGGAAGAGAGACGUUUCUAAAGUAGUCUACACCCGAAUAGACACAAACAGGUGGGUCUCCAGCAGAGAAAUUAGCAUUUGAAAACCAGCUCCAAAUGGCUAGGAUUUCUCAGGAAAAGGAGUCUGGGCAGCAAAAAAAUGUGGGGAUCGAUCAGCAUAGAAUUGAGUGAGCAUUUGACAUGCAGAAUAUUGUGACAGAAAGACAGGCUUCAAGAAUGAAUGCCUUUGUAGCUUUGUUCAUUUUGGAGAACUGUGACUGUGAGGCCUUCAUCAUUAAAACAUUUAGUUAAUCAGCAGAAUCUAGGAUGAUCCAUCUGACCUGGGAAGUAUUAGGAAUUGGAAUUUAAGUUGGACUGUUAAGUUUAUUUAAUGGUGUAGAACAACCACAUCUAGUUCUUCUUCCACUAAAGUCUUUAAAUGCAUAUGGAGUCCAUUUUACACAGGCUUUUAAACAACCAGUAAGUUCUUUUUUUGACACUAUGCAACUGGUGUAACUGAACAGUUUAUCAUAUUUAGUUUUAAGCAAUUCUUAUCUGAUACUUUUCCUUAUCUGCCAGUUAAUGGAGAGGCAUUUCCUUUAUACUCAUGUCAGCACUUAUGUUCCCCACACCCAACCCUUUGGCCAAAUUGUUGUAGCUUGGUGAUGAUACAAUGAGGCUGUUCUGGGAAACUGCAAAGGGUUUCCAUUGGGGUGAAGGCAUUUUCUGACCCAAUCCUAUGUAUAUCUUAAGUAGACUUGAAAAUCUACUUAACUAUUUUGCUCAUUAUUUUCUCCUUACUCUUAUGGGCUACAGUGCAGUACAAACCUUUGUGGGUUUUAGUGUGGCGUUACUUUCUGCUUAUGUGUGGCUCUUUUGUUUAUCUAAGCUGUAAUGUUGUAAAAUCUUCUCUGUGCUCAGAAUCUGGGUGCUCCCCAUACUCUACAGUUGUAUUUUCAUCAUCAGGAUAAUGUUGAUAUUGAGCAAACUGUCACAAUUUUGGUUUAAGGUUUCUUAAAUUUCGAAUACAUUUUAAACCUCAAUUCAGACUUCUAUAGUCAAGGUUGGGAAUCCUGGGUAGCUUGCUUUUUUUUUUAAGUAAAAAGUCAAAUUCAGCUUUUUAAAAAAAUGUAGAACUAAAUUUAUGCCUAAAUUAACAGUGAGGACAUCUGGUGGAUGAUCAGAGUUACCACAAGAGGCUAAGUAGAUUCAGUCUUUUAACCUGUCAAUUGAACAGAAUUUGUCUGAAACUUUUCUGGUCACCAAUUCAUUAAUGCUUGCUGAAAUGAUAGAUCCAUCCAAGAUGUGUUCAUUUGUACUGAAUAUAGUGAUGUGUGAACAUCAGAAUGCAAUAACAAGCAUCAGUUGCAGAACACAUUUUUUAAAAACCCUCUGCUUUUUUAAAGAGUUCUUGCUGUCUUGUUUUGCAUUUGUAAACCUCCUUUCUCGGAUUUAUGUGCAUUCUUGCACUGCCUUGGGAAUUUGUAGUGCAGGGAAGGUUGGUGAGCUAAUGAGCUUUCCUGGCCAACUGAUAUCUCAUAGACUAUGUGACCCUAGAGCCUAGUUAGUAUGAUGAAUCUAGAUGUCACAGGUUCAUAGUCAAUAUAUAAACUUGAAAUAAUCUUAGUUUACAUUUCAAGCAAGAGGAAGAAUUUCACGUCAAGGGAGCUCUCCAUGAAAUAUACGUAGGCAUUCUAGACUGGGAAUGUUUCUAUUCAAAGCUCAUUCAUUUUGUCAUGACCAUGAGAAUUUUCUAAAGAGCAUCUUGGUAUGGUGGGUCUCCUUUUAAUCUACUGAUAAAAGGUGCUAGAAUGAAAAGAAGAUUGGUAUCAUCGCAGAAGUGCAUGGCUGUUAAUUCAAGGUGUGAAUGUUGCAAUUUUAGGCCUGUUGAGAAGAAGGAUCAUCCAUAAACAAACACUUCCCGCAGAUCAGUUUAUAUGAUAAUAGAGGAAUGCUAGUCUUGAUGCAUAUUACAGCAUGCCAUUGAGUGGGAGCAACUGAAGUGCACCAUGCACAUUUUGUGUGUAUGAGGAGUAUAAGAUUAGGAAUACCAGAUGUCUGAACCAAGCAAGCUAUAAUGUGUUAAUGGGAUGAGCUCCACCUUACCUUCAUUCCUGAAGUGUUGUCUGAUUUAGAAAGCUCUAUCUGCUAUCCUGACUCUCACUGUGACCAUUCACGAUCGGGCAAGAAGAAAGAAGAUGAUCAGUACCUUACUUAAAUAUUCUUUCAGACUUCAUUAUCAUAUGGUAUCUCUCCAUAGCAGGAGGAAAAUAGUGCAAAUCAUGUACUUGUCACCUCUUCUAUUGCCCAAAUGGGAAAGUAACUUCAAACAGACUGUGAGGCUGGUUUUCGUGAUUGCAUUUCAGUGGAUUUGCUGCAGCUGGUAUUUAAAGAUUUGUUCCUGAGAAAGUUGAUUCUAACCUCUUUUUUCCACUUGACUUCAAAGCUAAUGUUGAGCAGUUUAAAUACAAAAAUCAAAUUGAGUGGGGAAGCUGAUCAUUUAUGAAAUGUGUGUUAAACCAGCUGUGGUUCACCUGGAACCCCAUUCUCCAACCAAAUUCCAGGAGCCCUUGCAUCUAAAGACAGAGCCAACAAAAAAGCUUGUGUUGUAGUUUGCUGUUCUUCUCCAUGCUUUCAAACCUCCUGUUACCAGGCACUACAUUAUGUUUGUGAGGCCAGUGUACAUUAUCCAUAUGUAGUCCAGACUACAGUUGACUUGAAAUAACUAAAAUGCAUAAUUCAGCUGGUUGAGUGGAGCUGCAAUUUGCAUGUUAAAUUAGAAGAAUAUACUACAUACUGCUUAAUACAGUGGUACCUCAGGUUACAUACGCUUCAGGUUACAUACGCUUCAGGUUACAUACGCUUCAGGUUACAGACUCCGCUAACCCAGAAAUAGUGCUUCAGGUUAAGAACUUUGCUUCAUUCAUGAAAAAAGAAAUCGUGCUCCGGUGGCGCAGCGGCAGCAGGAGGCCCCAUUAGCUAAAGUGGUGCUUCAGGUUAAGAACAAUUUCAGGCUAAGUACAGACCUCCGGAACGAAUUAAGUACUUAACCCGAGGUACCACUGUAUAGAACUGGGGCCACAGUCAGUCCCUGCGGCUCAUGUGAGGCAAAUCUCCAUGGCAGUCUGGAGCCAUAAUCAGGCCUAAUGCAAUCAUGUGAUGGCAGUGGGGUCUGGUUUGGUGCAUGUGCACAAUCGCAGGUUGUUAUGUACAUUAACCACUCAUCUUACAUGAACCCCAACAUACAGAUUCCCUGUACAUAGGCAAGAGCUACUUGCCUUUCUAUAAUGUUGGUAUUAACGAGUUGAUGCACCAAAUAUCAGCAUAGCUUUAUCAAGCAGUUUCUCUCCUUUUUUGUUUUUUGUACUAUAUCACCAUAGAUGAUAGGUAACAGUAACAGGAAAAAUUAUAUAUCUUGUUUAGUGAGGAUGUUUCCUCAGUGUUGUUAAGGCUUUUUGUGUAGGCAUCUUUUUUUUUAAAGCAGCUAGAAAUAUGUAUUCAUUGCUCAUAUUUCUCUUUCCCCACCAGAAAAUACAUUUUGUAGUGGUGAUCAUGUAUCGUGGCAUAGUCCGUUAGACAACAGUGAGUCGAGGAUCCAACAUAUGCUGCUGACUGAAGAUCCACAAAUGCAGCCAGUUCAAACACCAUUUGGGGUGGUGACUUUUCUUCAGGUAUGGCAACAGAAUCAAUAUUCUGGGUAUUCAUUUAAGGAGCUAAUAACUGAAAUGAACAAUGGAGUUUUCUUUGAAAUGAGAUUGUGGUAACUAUGGGGUACUUAAAAGCAGGUGCAGGUUUGGCAUGGGUGAAGGCAAAACUAGAUCUUUUCCAUCAUCCAUUAUGGUAAUAUUUCAUGUCACUUAAAUAAUAUUUUUCAAAUGUCAGGGGUUUUUUUUUAUUGCUAUGUAUAUCUAAUAUGAUACUGAGCCUUUUCAGCUGUGAAAAGCUUUCCAGUACCCUGAGUAAAUUCUGCAUAUUUUCAUGUUCUUGUCAACUUAAUUGGAUGGAGUGCUUUCAUUCGUGGAAUGCAUAUUCUUGGAUUCUGAUUUCCAGGGGCUUUUUUAUGGUGUGCUAGCCCUUGCCUUAAGAAGCAUGGAGAAAUGGUUCAGGUGAAACCUCCGAUAAAAGCUGAGGGAAAAGUUGAGGCCUGAAUAUUAAUUCCCACUGUUAUAACAACACUUGUCUGGUGAAGAUCAGGAAUAGGGAGCCGGUGGCUGAGUUGGUCUGAGAGGCUACCCUGUGUAGGGUCUUACCAGAGGAAGGUCACACACCUGGGUUUUUUAAGUUGGCUAAACUGUUCAGGUAGCCAGAAGUACAGCAAGAGGAGCUUUGGGGUACAGAGGCUGAUUGUCCCCGGUAACUGGACUGGGUUGUGGGAGUAAUUGACUGGGGUGGAAGUUCAGAGAAUUUGGCCUGAGGUAAAAGCUGCUUAAAGGCUAGUGUCAGGAACAGAAACUGUCACCAGGCAGCUUAGGACCCCAGUGUAAAUUGGAGUACAGUGGUACCUUGGUUUAAGAAUAGCUUAGUUUAUGAACAACGUGGAUUAAGAACAAUGCAAACCCGGAAGUAGGUGUUUUGGUUUGUGAACUUUGCCUUGGAAGCAGAACAUGUUCCGCUUCCUGUUGAGUGUGUUCCAUUUGUAAAUCCCUCUGCUAUGGGAAAGUACACCGUGGUUUAAGAACGCUUUAGUUUAAGAACGGACUUCUGGAACGGAUUAAGUUCAUAAACCAAGAUACCACUGUAUUCCUUAUGUACAUAGUAUCUUUUUAAUACACUAGCAAUCUUAGUUGAAAUUCUUUCCAACUUUAGUGUUUAGUGUUGGUGUCCAUCUUAUACCUAAGCUUAAUAUAUCAGUUACUAGGAGGUUUUGUAAGUAUUCUGAGAGUAUUAAUAGCAAAAGUGAAGAACUGCAAAUACAUAAAUCUGGGUUUAAACAGAGUAAAGCUGGGAGAAUCGAUAUCCCUGACUUUUUGCAAAAUAUUACUACUACAGCUGCUUAUUCAUAGGCCUUAACAGGGCAACGGGAAAACUCUACCAUGAUACAGUCCGCAAUAUCUAUUUUUUACAUACAAAACGAAGUAUAUUUCAACUAGUAUUGAAGUAUUGUAGUUAACUUAGCAAUUAUUGUGUGUUUAAAGUUUUUUUGUGUGUGUGUCUUGAUUUACGAGGCAGCUGGUGAUAUUUACUGAUCUGGCAUAGCUUGGUAUGUUGCAAUGGUAGCAAACUUGUUUAACCUCAGAAUGAUGUAUUGCCUUCCACUGUGCCAAUGAACAGAUCACUCCAUAUACAGUUGGCUGUGUGUAUUAUUCCAGAAAAGAUCUAGGCUUUGCAGAUGCAAGGUUGUUGCUUCAUCUCUAUGGUUCUGUUGAGGAGCUCAACAUGUGAAAACAAAUGUGAAGGAUUUGUAUAGCCAUGCCCUUGUCCUUAUUAGUCAUCUUGCUAAGUUCUGACAGGAAGACUGAGAAUGUGCCAUGGGCUGACAUAUUUCCUGUUCCUUUUCCUUCUCCAUUUCUGUGUUUCCUUUGACUAUAGUUUGACAUGAUAUUUGAAUCAGGAAAGCUAUGGUCAAUACUAAUCUAACCGCCCCAGGUACAAAUCCAUAUUAUGGAAUUGGCACUUAUCAUAAGAUGCCCAAUCAGGGAUCACAGAAUCACUGAAUUGUAGAGCUGGAAGGGAACAAUGAGGAUCACCUAGUCCAACCCCCUGCAGUGCAGGAAUCUUUCGUCCAACAUGCAGCUCAAACCCAUGAUUCUGAGAUUAAGAGUCUCAUGCUCUACCAACUGUGAUAUCCUUCAUAGUAAAUCUAGGUAAAGGUAAAGGGACCCCUGACCAUUAGGUCCAGUCGUGACCGAUUCUGGGGUUGCGCACUCAUCUCGCUCUAUAGGCCGAGGGAGCCGACGUUUGUCCGCAGACAGCUUCUGGGUCAUGUGGCCAGCAUGACUAAGCCGCUUCUGGCAAACCAGAGCAGCACACGGAAAUGCCGUUUACCUUCCCGCCGGAGCGGUUCCUAUUUAUCUACUUGCACUUUGACGUGUUUUCGAACUGCUAGGUUGGCAGGAGCAGGGACCAAGCAACUGGAGCUCACCCCGUCGCAGGGAUUCGAAACGCCGACCUUCUGAUCGGCAAAUCCUAGGCUCUGUGGUUUAACCCACAGCGCCACCCGCGUCCCUCAUAGUAAAUCUAGUUCAUGCUAAAUGAAAUCUAGAUGAAACGUGGUGGAGGAGGGAUUUCUCAAAAAAGAGUGUAUAACCAGAGUCUCAAAGUCUUGGAUAUGGUACUCCAAUGUAGAACUUGAUCCUAUUAUAUGUUACAAGUGUGUACCCCCCCUCUAACCCCUUUUCCAGAUUGUUGGCGUCUGUACAGAGGAGCUUCAUGCAGCACAGCAGUGGAACGGACAGGGUAUAUUGGAACUGCUUCGGACUGUUCCUGUGUAAGUACAGCAUUGCCAGCUAACUAAUAACAGUAUUAUAAAUAUUCUUUAAAGAAAUAUUGCCUGAUAAAGAUGAAUGCAAUCAUAAAAGCUUAUAAAUUCUACACCUGGAAUAAAUUAUGUAGUUUGGGAUAUCUGCAUAUACAUUGACAUGGUUUAUUCUGAUGUCAAAGCUCAAUUUGAAUUUUUCAGUCUUUUUGCUCAAAGUUUGUGGAACCUUGUUCAGACCAGUGGCUACACACCCUCAUAGAGAACUUUGGGUGCAGGGGUGCAUGCUGGAGGCAAAAGUGGGCAGGGUAAGAGGCAUGGGUGGGCAGAGAAUACCUCUCUACAUUUUGUGAGAUACAUUCCAUCCACAUCAAAGUUAAGAGGCUUCUUCAGUGUCCCACCCACCCACAUCUCUCCCACUUCCAUCCAGGCCAAGUAAGAAGCACUAGUACAGUUUAAGGAUACUUUCCAUCCAAGCAAAAGCCCUUAAGGUUUGUGUGGAGCAGAACUGGUGGGGUUAUGACCUUGAGAGACACAUGACUUAGUUGGGAGCUCCUGAGGGCCAGAUGCAGAAACCCGAAGAUCUGCAUUUGGGCCCCACAUAUGAGGUUCUCCACCUCUGCUUGGGAAUGUUUGAGUAUCUUUUAUUUUAGAAAUUAAAUUAAUCUAGAAAUGCAUAUUUGACCAUUUGCUUUUUCUGUAUUUAAAAUUCCAUUAUCAAUUUUUAACCUUUUGCCCUAGAAAAGUAUUUAAGUGCUCGGGCUCUUAUUUAAUACAAGCCCUCCACCCUUAAACAUGAAUUACAGAAUUUCCACUUCUAGGAACGAAAGCUGUGGAACAAAGAAGCUCAAUAUGAGUAUUAUCCGAAGAAAACUGGUUUGUCAUCUGUCUUGUACAGUUUAAUUCUAGAAAAUGCUGACAGUAUAAGGAUUACAUGACUUUUGAGGUUCUUUCCAAUUCUGUACUUUUAUCUUUGGACAUGAAUAAUUUUUUUGCUAAUUGUUCUCUGCUUUCGAAUUGAGGGGCCAUUUAUAUGCAGGAAGGGUAAGUCCAGGCCAUGAAGAUCCCUGUCUCUCUUUGAUGUUACAACCAUUUUUACCCUCUUGCUGUGAGAUAUUGCAGUCAUACGGAAAAUUGGGGUCUGUUUUCUUCACGAUAAAUGGGAACACAGUACAGAUUACCAUCCUGUAGUUAAAUUGUCCAUUUUCUGUAGUUGAAUUAGAGGCUUAACAAUAAUCCAACAUCUAAAAUGGACAGGUAGAAGUGCUAAUUACUCAUCCAGAACCCCAAAUUUAUCCUUCCUUUCUGUCCCUUAUUGCAUUUGCACUAAAAUCAUUGGAGACCUAGAAGCAUUGGGGCAAUGGUAGUAUAGUCACUUAUUUUUCUUUUUUGAUUUUGUUUAUAGAGCAGGAGGCCCAUGGUUGAUAACAGACAUGCGACGUGGAGAGACCAUAUUUGAAAUAGAUCCACACCUGCAAGUAUGUAACUACUCAAUCUGGUCCUAGAUGACAGCAGAGCAUUGCUUUCUUAGUCAUGAGGAACAGCUACCUUCUGAUAACUGAAUGUGCUCAGGAUAGACUUGUUGAUUACUGUCAGAAGCUGCUGGGACUCAACCUGGGUAUCUUUGAAAUACCAUUUCCUAGAGGCAAUGGUUGUAGAUCACUGAUUGCCUGAUCAAAGUGUGAUUGGCUUCACUGAGUGUCCCUGAACUCAUUUCAACAGCUUAAUAUUGGGCAACUGGGCCACAAGCAGCUCAGUCUCCUACCCUACUGAACCUCUAUUUUCCCUGCCUUGUCUGUUUUCUAGUGCACAUGUGCUUUGGAGAGGGUGGGAAUGAAUGGGGAAGUCACUUGCUACAUGCAAUUUUCUCUGCAAGUUUACAAGGUACGACAAUGACAGAGUAGGGUUCCUGUGCCUUUAACAGUUGUGCAGAAAUUUAGCACGUGUAAUUAUGAAGAAUUUUAUAUACUAACCUUCACCAGAAGGACAUAAUAACCAACACAGCAUACUCUGGUUCUCUUCAGAUCAUAUUGAACAACACAGCAACCAUACAGUACAAAAAGCUGAAAAGCAAUUACCUCUGUACAGCUCUUAAUAAAGCACAAUGUCAAACUGUUCAUAAAUACAUUUAAUACAGAAUUUUGUUGCUGUAGUAGGAGAAGCUUACCUUUCCAAAUUUGGCAUUAAAAAUGGUGAAACACUGCAUGUGUGAGUCUGGUAGGCCAGAGUGAAAUUUUCACCAUGCCAAAGAGCUAAGCAUAUUUGAUUGGUGCAGCAGAGAAAUAAGUUUCUUAAAUGUAGUUCCAUUAGAGUUGAGUGUAUAUGUUUACAUGUGAAAAGAAAAUUUGAAUAAAUAUUUUCUCCUUGGUUUUUACAUUAAACUGCUGCAGUUGCUUCUCCUUGUAAGGCUCCCUUCACUGCUAUAUUUAGCUUAACAGCAUCAUCUGGUGGUGAAUUUUAGAAGCUGACACAAGUAAUUUUCCUAAGUUGCUCUGUCUACAUUUUGAAUUUCUGGUUUGCAUGUAAUGCAGGAAUACUAUGUUCAGAACUUUUCAUUCAGAUAUUCAGAUUUAACCUUGUAGAAUCACUAUGAGGUUGAUUCUUCGACAGUCAGGCAUUGUUCAAAGGGGGAAAUUUGAUAAUCACAAGUGACGCGUGUCGGGAGGAUGUAUUGAGGAUUCAUUGAAACCUAUUCUUGAUGUAACAACUUUUUGCAAAAUUUAGUUUUGAUGAAUUAAAAGCUGUGGCUCACAUUUCCUUUCCUUUAGCACAAUGUGGGACAGUAUAAAAGCCCUUCAUUUCUCAAGUGCUGACUGCCAAUAAAAUGUAGAAUGGGGAUCUCCAAUUUUCCAUUUGCAAACAAGAGACUCUACCUUGGGUUCCAAACACACACCACCAAGUGCUCACAUGGCAACCAUACAAAUGCAUACACAAUCCCAUCUCCCCCCUGCAAUUAGUUUUUUUGGGGGGGAAAGUGUUUCAGCCUGUGAUAUUCCUGGAGAGUUCAGCUGGGGAGGUAAGAGUUAACUGUGGCUCCUCAGCUAGGAGAUCACACAUGCACAGUUUUCUCCACCCCAUAAAUUACAUUGGGGGACAGAGGGACAUGUUAUGGUAGAAAGCUACUUUAAAGCCUAAUUACAGUGGGGAGUAUGUGGAUGUUUUGGUGGGGAGGACACAGCUGCUUGGAUGGGGGCGGGGAAGGAAAGAGUAAUCCUUCCCUUCUCCAGCAGUGACAACUUCAGACUUUGCCCCUCCUUUGGAAUUAGACUUAAAAGAAGCCUUUUAUUAUAGCCAAUAGAAGGCUUCCUUGAAUCUUAAUCGUGGUGAGAGGGGUGGUUUCAGGGUGAGGUUCACUCCAAAGAAGAGGAUUAACCCUUUCCUCCCCAGCUGUGACCCUCAAAGUCGCCCUCCCCUGCUGUAAUUAGCCUUGGAAAAAGUCUUCUAAUGGCCACACUAGAAGGCUUUUCAUUAUAAGUUGUAUAAAUAUAGAGUUUUAAUAUUCCAUAUUUUAAUAUUCCAGAAUGGCUUUGCAUUGAUAUUUGAAAUGUGUUUAUAUGUCUUCAGUGGAAUUCAUUGAUUUGUAGAAAUGUAUGGACCCUUAGGUUAUCAUUCCAGUUUAAAAAGUUUUUUUAAUGAGGCAUAAGGGUGAGUAAUUGAACUAUAUUUUUGUUUCUGAAAUAAUGUUUUGCCUGUCUGGGAUUUUGACUAUAACGAUUUCUACUUACCUUUGUCUUAGAUAAUAAUGACUGAGCCACAGAAAAAGACUCCGUGUUGAAAUGUGUCUGGCUGUUUUGUUUUUAGAAGCCCUUGUUUUUAAUUGGCAGUGGCUUGUAAGUGAAAAAGAAGCGCUUAUAUUUAUAUUCAUUUAUACUGUUCAUUUUAUCUUAUGGAAUAUUAAAAAUCUAUUUUUAUACAGUUUAGAAUUGAAUGUUUUCCCUUUAAUUCUGUUAAGUUGCAUUUUUGUCAAGGGUAGUGGAAUCUUUUUUCCUUUGUUUUCACCAGAAGGCUGCUUUGAAGCCUAAUUUCAAGGAGCCGGGGUGGGGGGUGGGAUGACAAGGCAGGAGUUUGAAGACUUGCGGGCAUCCACAGGCUCUGUGUUGGUGAACCACAAUCUAGGAAAACAUACUCCAUGAGGUUGUAGUUCCUGUAGUGGCACAGGUGGGAUUUUGGCUUCAAAAGACUUGGCUGUUUUGGAUCUUUUUUAAGCAGGACAGAGUUGAUAAAGGGAUUGAGACAGACGGUUCGAACCUGAGUGGUGUCAGUGCUAAGUGUGCCUGGGAUGAUCUUAGCCGGCCGCCAGAGGAUGACGAAGACAGUAGAAGUAUCUGCAUUGGCACACAUCCCCGACGAUUGUCUGGGAAAGGUAAGAGGGAACCCGGAAAGCCACUCGGAAGGUUGUUUUCUCGGCAUCACAGCUAAGUUGGAUGGAAUUCUCACACUGUUGUGUUUCUAAAUAGGUACAAUUUGUUUACAACUUGAAAUACUUGCAGUAUUCCUCCAUUACAACCUUGAUCUUUUGUUUUCAUCCGAUGUCAGCAUACAAAAAAUAUAAUGUUUUUGGACUAUUAUAAGAAGAUAGUUCCCUAUUUUUAAAAAUUCUUUUUACAAGUCACAUACUUGAUAAUCACAGGUAUUUUUAAAAGUGGUAGAAGGCAUGGCUAAAAGUAUGAAAUUGGGAGGCUGUAUUGCAUCAAGUUAUGUAUUAAACCCGGAAACCAGAUAUUUGGUGUGCUUUAUGAGGUCUUCAUUAAAUUUAAUAUGAUUAUUUUAUGAGCAAAGUUGCUUCGUAUGGAACUUGAAUUUUUUGUUAUAUCAAAUUAAAUUCAAAGCCCAAAACUCAAGGUUUAGCUCUCCCAACCCUCUCAAUUUUUGCUCAUUUAUUUAUAGCAAACCUGAAUCACUUUGUACUCUGUGUGCUGCUCAGCAGUUAGUGUCGGUUCUGUGGUGUUUCAUCUCCCCCCACCCCACAACUACUCUCUUUUAAAACAAACAAAAUUACAUUUAACUUCUUCUUCUAUAGCUUCUGAUUGUGCUUUGGAGGGUAAGCACCAUGAAUAACAACAACAACAGUAAAUUUACACAAACAUACACACACACCCCUGACUGGGUUGCCCAGCCACUCGGCGGCUCCCAAAUCAGCCAAGAAUAGUUUGUCUUAGUGCAGGAAAGGAAGGAAGCCAUAUGAGUGGGGAAGCGUGUGAAGUUUGUUUCUAAUCUUCCGGUCCAUGCUCUGGAGGACCAUCUGAACUGAACCUGACCCAGUUUUUAAACUAUCGUUUCAGAUACAGAGCAAAUCCGGGAGACUCUGCGAAGGGGACUUGAGAUUAACAGCAAGCCUGUUCUGCCCCCAAUUAACCAUCAGAGACAGAAUGGACUGAAUAAUGACAGAGCUCCGUAAGUUUAGUUUUGUGUUUGGGUCCUGAGGUGGUGGAAGAUGUGUCUAAUUUGGCUUAGCCUUGGGAAAAUAAUGGAAGGAAAGACUGGCUUAAUGUUUCUAACCUGGUGAUAGCUCUUUAUGCAAUACUUCUGGAUGGCUCACAAUCUAAAAGACAGAAAUUGAAAAGGGAGAAUGCAACAUAAAGGUAGGCUUGUGUUUUAGAGCAGGUUCAGAAUUUAUAGACAGAUGACCAAGAAUUACACAGUGAGGACCUCUGAUAGUUAAGUCAUCCAUGGUGUUACCAGACUGACAAAGUAGAUGAUAUAAGCAAAGUGGAUGAUGGCCAGAUAGGAACAUAGAUACUAAUGGGUUAAAUAAACGGGGCUGUGCAAAACAGGCCUAAGUGAUCUUAUAGGGGGUGGGCAGAACAUAAGCAUGGCAAUUAACUGAUAUUGUUAUGAAAUUAAUUGAUAUUGCUAUAAUUUGGCUAUUAUUGGGGCAAUAUUGAUAAACUAAGAAACUUAAUUGCAAAAAAAGAACAUAAGCAUGACUACUUAUGGACUGCAAGUGAGUGAGUAAAUGUGGAGGCCUGUCACUGAUGCUUGGGGUAUUUUAUGUUUCUCCUGCUUGCCAUCCAGUUAAUAGUAGAGCCUUCUUGGAAGCAUAUGUUCAUCCUUCCCUUCAUUUGAAGGCCUUUUGCACUUCACACAUGAGAUUAUGACCAGUACAUUAGUAGCAAUAAAGAAGAGCAUUGUACUCUGAAAUUUGUUUGUAUAACUAUUAUACAUUGCUUUUUUUGAUGUUUUUCCUUCGUACUCUCUUUUGUGAUAGUAACGAGGAGCAGAAUUUGUUCUCAAAGGUGAUUCUUAGCACUGUCAGUGUCUGCUAUCUGUAGAUGACUCAAAGGGGUGAAUUAUUUUAAAAAACACUGUCUUUCCGAGGGCAAGAUCUCAUCUUCUACAUUUGCUAUUCAGUAUACCUUGGAGAGGAUUACAUUGUUGAAUCUUGUUAAAACUCUGUGAAAAAGCGUAGCCAACUCGGACUUCCCAUGAGAGACAGAGCCUUAGUAACUUUAUCUGUAAGCACUGCAUCCUGGCCAGCCAUUCGUAUGGGUAUCAGCUUAAUUACAUCCUUCUAGUGUGGGAAUCCAUUACUUGGAACAUUGUGUCCAUCCAGUUCAGAACCAGUUGCUCUUUAUAGAGUUCUAACAGAGUCUUCUUAAUCAUCUUGACAGAGACCAGGACAUUGCAAGGAUUGUCAGAAUCUCUUCCUUCUGCAGGAGUCAGAAACACUCUUGAAGAGUGAGAGAACAGUUCCCCUUGGGGAGGAGAGCAAGGGAUUGUUCUUACUAAUUUGCAGUUCCCAAGAUAGGCAGAUGGUUGCCCUCCAGUAUUAGAUCUUUUGUUGUUGAACAUGUUUUGGCCACGUAGAACUCCAUAUGCCUUGUUUGCUAGAAAUCCUGCUCCACUGAGCAGUUUGUGCCCUUGGACCUGAAAGACAUGUAUCUUCAUAUUUCAUCUUACACAUGGCAUUGAUGGUUUUUUUAAAAGCGCAUGAAUAGGGAUGCACAGUGCCCUGUUUGAGGCAGCACCAACAUCAACAAUUCUGCUAUCUUUGGGUUGUAGCAAAUUAUAGUCUUACCCAUUGUAAACCCGUUGAAAAUAAUGAGCAUGGCUAACUUUGAUCCAUUAAGUUAAUUGCCCUACUCGGAGUAAAAUUUAGUUGGCUACACUAAGUGUGCUAUUCCUUGCAGGAAUAACUUGUGGACUUUUGUGUUCUGAACUCAAGAUACACAAGCUUGAAUCUUGCCAGAAAACCCAUCUGGAACCAAUGCAAAUGAUCCAUUGCCAAUUUGCUACUUGAUUCCUGAUUUAGCGGUACAUUUCCUUUAUUGUAGGGCUUUGUCCCUUCAAAGGAAUAUCAGAAGUAUAUAUAGCUUGUCUCUACUUGCCUGCCCCAGCUUGCUCUAACCACACAUCCCUAAACACGUCUGCAGAUGGCUUCUCUGUUCAGGGAAUAAAAUAUUCCUGAACACAAAUGACUGAGGCUUUACGUGUGCUAGGGAGACACUUUCCCACUGCAUCCCUGCCUGUUCUGCCAGAGGAUAAGCUGCUGUCCAUCUGGUAGAGCUGACUCAGAAACUAGCUCACUUAUUAAAAUACACAGGAGUGUAGCAUGAGUAGCUUUGCCUUGUUUUAGUCCAGUGCCCUCGUGUAAGGCAUACAGGGAACAACAGAGAGAAGAACGCAAAUGGAGUUUUAUUGAGAGAGUGUAACAAAAUGGCAAUUUAAUGAUUAACAAUAAAAGCUAUCCCUGAGACAGUGGGGAUGCCAGCAAAACGAACGAGAAACACAUACUUCAGUGUUUCCUAGAGAUGCACUGAGUCCAGGUAGUUAUAAUCUGAUAGGCUUCACCAGCCUGGUGUCCUCCAGAUGUUUUUGAUACUGCUUUCACCACCCUCUGACUAUUGGUUGUGCUAGUUGGUGGCAGUUGUAGUUGAAAAUAUUUGGAAGGCACCAGGUUGGGAAAGUUGGCCUCUGAUGUACAAAGACUUACAAAAGAGUAGGGUGGUCCCAAAAUGAUAAUUUCCAGGUACACAAAAGGAAGUUUGUUGUUGCCUGUCACAAGAAAAGAGAGGGGGUGGGGUUUUUAAAAGUUAAGUUUAGAUGGGCUUUACAGUAGGAGAGUAUAAAUUUCAUUAAAUAAUAAUAACUGCUGCGACUACUACUACACCUACUACUACUUCCAAGUGCCUUUUGUCAUAGUUUGUUAGAACUUUAAUAGCUUACUUUCAUCCCUCCCCAAAAAUGUAUAUUUUAGAACCACCCCAAAAUGGUAGUGGAAUAUUGCUCUCAGACAACAUGUGGUUUAUACCCUUGUCAAAGAUGCUGUUCCAGAGUGCUCUAAAUACUUGUGACAGGUUGGUAUACUCACUGAAAGGGAGGUUGUUUGUGAUCUCAGAACCCAAGUCACAAGUCAGUUCACUGGAAUAAAGAGCAGUGACAUGAGUCUUGAGGGUGUUUGAAUAAACUCCACAGAGGUGGUGUGUACUGUUAGCAAAGAAUAAGAUUAUGAACAAGCAAAGGAACAUGAGAGGUUGUUGUAGGAUAGGUUUGAUGCAGCCUAAGAAGCCUUUAUUACUUGCUUUGUAUUCCAUUCUCUCUCUCUCCACACUGUGUUUUGUCAAGCCCUUACUUUCUCGUUUAAUCAGAACCAGGAAUUAUCAAAAUUCCCAGCUGUUCCACAGGUUUUGCCAAUAGCAAAAAGGUCUGCUGGUAUCUUGCCAGUCUUUCUCAGAGAUGUAGACUUUGUAUGUACAGUAGUCUGGCUGAUUGCCUUUGUUAUCCUCUGUUGCUUUCUGGUAAGGCUAAUACCUAACAGACAUUUCAGGAGGGCAACAUGGUCUUUCUUAAUCUUCUUAAAGAUCAUCCAGCCUACACUAGGGUCCUCCAAGAGAGGCUGCAGCAAUAGAACAGGCAGUUCUUAAGUUGUGUAAUUGACAGAUUUUCCCAUGUAAGCUAGUUUGCUGGUCUCCUGUAUAUAGGAUCGCACGUCAUGAAGAAAAUGAAGAUUCUUACCUUUUAUGUUGGAAUUGCAUUGUACUCCUCUCCUCUUCAAGAGGAAUACAACUGACAUGAUUUGAAUUGCAGAUUUUCGGUGGUGUGAAAUAACUAAAUGAGAAGCUACUGUGCCCUACUAUUUGCUUCCAGAUGGUUAUAGAGGAAGGGGGAACUGUGCAGAUUCAGUCCUGUGUGUGUAACUGAACAGAAGAGUCUAAGAAUAACAGUUAACAGGGAAUAUUUGUUUUCUUUCUUCCAUGAAGUAGCCUUAGAUCGCCCUCUGUUGCAUAAUCAAUAAACUGCAAUACAGUCUAUGCUGGACUGGGCUAGAGAUGGGAUUGCAUGUCUGCAUGAAUGUUGCUUCUUUGGGCUUCAGAUAUGUAAGGAGACCUACCUCUGAACUGAGCUAUUGGCCUUUUAAGCUAGUGGAAGUAAGGAAGUGAUGGCAUGGUGAUUGUUGCCAUAUUCCCAGUUGCCUUACCUCCAAGGGGUGUGACAGAGAAUCCUUUCACAUGCUUGGCUUCCAGCAACUGCUGGGAGCAAACAAGCACAGGAAUCAAUAUCCUUUGCCAUUUUACUUGAUCCUAUGGCACAUAGUGAUGGAAAAUAUUCUCCUGUAUUCUGCAUGAAUCAAAUGCAGCUACUUCCCUGUGUUCUGGGGGGAUUGGUGGGAUGUAUGUGUGCUCAGUUUGGUGGAUAGCUGAAAGGACUUUCAGUUUUGUAAAUGCUUUUGGAUAUGUUCUCAGAGCUAUAUGAAGAACCAGUUACUAUUGAUAAAGCAGCUAGUAUGUGGAUUAACAUGAACACUAGUUAUGAGUGUUCUUUCUAAUUACUGUUUCAGUUUCUCUCAAAGGAAAGUUAUUGAAAGGAAGUAAUUUAUCUAACAGAGCAAUUCUAGCCAUGUUUACUCAGUUCUACUGAAUUUGAUGGGGUUCACUCCCAGGUUAGUGAGGUUAUGGUGGCAGCCUAAAUUACUUGCAGCAAUUCUUAAACAGGCCUCUAGUAUCCUCAGGUUUUGUUUUGUUUUGUUUGUUUAAAGAAGACUGGUUUUUUCUGCAGCUUUCCAUGCACUUGAUCAGCAGCAUCUGGCACUGGCCACAGAAUUUACCUUUUGGAUUGGACUUUGGUUUGGCCAAGGAUAGUGGCACAUGGUAUUAUGUCUACAAACUUUAAGCUGAAGACAAGUUCCCUACCAGAGCAAUAUAUCUUGCAUUGUGUGUGAUCUUAAACUCUUCAGAGCAUACUAAAGAAGGUUAUUGCUACCUGUGAUGUAGGUUCUUUUUUCAUUAGCCUAGUAAGUGGAGGCCUAUAGACAAAAUUAUCAAAAUUAUGUUUUUGUUCAUAGCACUUAUUGACUCAGUGUAUAUGCUGAAACGUAUGACUCGCAAACCUGCAAAAAGUAUUCAUAUUGGUUACCCAGUACUCUUGCUCUCAGUUUGGAAAGGAGUUCUUAAACUAUGUUAUGCCAAGCCUUUCAAAUAGCUUGAUCCCAAGCAUUUUUCACCUGCAAAUAGAGCAAAUUCAACCAUGGCAGUGUACUGUCAUGGACAUGGAGACUUUUUUCAGAGUCUCAGAACCAGAACAAAUCUUUAGGAUUAGGGUAUUGUUAAGGGUGGUGGUUUGGAUUGUUUAAGCCCACCCAGAUGCAGCUAGAACACAGUUUAGGUAGCCAUGCAUUGCAUAUUGUGUUGGAGCAAGGGCAAGGCAGAUCAAUGAGUAAGAUGGAGAGUUAAGAUAUGCAGCUUCUAAGGAAAAUGAGGGGAACCGUGGGAGCACCUCAGACAAACAGUCAGGAUUUGAAAAAUGAAAAGCUCUCUUACUUCCAGUUAUCAUAAUAUACACCAUCAUGGAAAAGGUUAGUUCUCUGCCUCUUGGCCAAAUAAAAUGCCCAAAAUAAUGGAUAAGAUAGAACUGGUAUAUGUAGUAAAAUUGGAGUAUUAGAAUGGUUGUGUAUGCUGAAGCUGUAUUUUAUUCUUUCUGGUGCAUACUUUGUGAUGGAUGUCAGAAGAAAGGCUAGCACGGGACACAACUGUCAGAACUGGCAACAGUCUUAAGCACGCUUUCAGCAUAAUGGGCUGGUAUGAAAUGCCCUGGCUCAGAGUAGCAAAGAUCAGCCAGACUUCUUAAUUGUUCUCAGUACAAUAAAUCCUGCACCAGAAACCUUAACAUAUUUAAAGCUGCCUCUGCAUCCCACUAGAAAUCUAGGAGAUGCAGAUCAAACCCAUGGUCUCAAUACCCCAAAAUGGGAUUAGAAAUAAAAGGGUUGGUGCCAGUUCUACUCUUGAGUAGGACUUAGUUUAAUGCAAUUCAAAUUAUUUUUCAUGUAUCUGUUAAACACCUUUUCUCAGUGAGAAUGUUCUAAAGAUCAUUUGUAGUCUGAACAACAUGGAAUUAGUGUGAGUGCACCAUUUGUUCAGGUGAAACACAGGGAAGUUGUGUGGUAUGAGAAUCUAAAAGCAGUUUAAAUAAUGGGUUAACCAAAGCAAUAUUCUAGGCAGUAAGGCUUUCUCAACUAUGAAUAUGGCAAAAUUGAAGUAUAAAUGUCUUACUCAGCUUAAUAGUGCUCAAAUGCUGUCUUUUUUCCAGUUCAGUUGUGAAGCAGAGGAGACUGACUUUCACAGUGCCAAGGUUGUUGCACUACAUGCAAGUUAAACUCUACUAACAUCUAAUUAUCAUUUCCCUGUUUGCUGAAUUGUACUAUCCUAGCAUAUAAAAUGGACAUAGUGUCAGUUCAAAUGUAGCAUCAAACUGUGGUUUGGCAUUAUAUUAUUGAGCCUUGAAUUUGUGUGGUUAGAUUCCUUCUUCAGCUACCUGUGAACUCUGCUUUGCUUGCAAUCUCUGGCUUUUGCAAACUAGAAUUUGCCUGGUUUGGAUAAAAUUGCAAAAUAUAGUUUUCCUCAAAGUAAGAGUUUGCAUGGAGUUCUGUGUCUGCAGUAGUUUUGUGCAUGUGACUUUUUUAUUUUAAACCAAGAAUGGAAUGGUUAAACUUUGUGUAGCAAGUAAAUGUUGGAAUAUCUCCAAGGGUCUAAAGAUUUUUACAAAUUGGCAUAAAGGGAUGCUGAUUUCAGCCAUCCAUUUCUAAUGUGGCAAGAGGACAUACAGUGGUUACAGGUUUGUGCAUGUGGUCAUGGCGUGUUUUAACCAGGUUGUUUCUUCAGUCAUUUUGCAUAUAGUAAAAAGAUAAGGAGAUGCUGCAGUAUGUGGUUUUGCUGCAAGUUACCAGUUUGGCCAACUGCUGCACAAGCCCAGUGCCAAAGUCUAAUGUGGCUGCAGCUAACAGCACUGCGGCUAACAGCACUGUUGUUCAUCUCAGUUCACAAGAUUUAAAAACCAAUUCAGGCUGUUGGUAAGAACAGAAGAUGGGGGAAGAAAUAGUUGAAAGUCAGCAAAAGUCACCUUGGUAACUGCAGCAUUACACUCGCUCAGAAUGAAGAGACUUCAAACAUGACUACAAACAGCUUUAAAGAAACAAAAAGAAUUUAAUCAUCUAAAGAAUUAAUCUGACAACUGCCCACACUUACACCUCCCACAAUCCUUCAAUCACUAGGGAAUGAGCUUUAAUCUCAGAUUCCCCUCCAGUUCCAUAAAAUGCUAGAUAUGCAGUCUUCAAACUGGGGCAUUUCCGGCACAGUGCUCUCAUUCAAAUGCUCUCCCUCUCCUAACACAGCAGCCUUGGCUUUUGUCAGUUUUUUGUUUCAUUUCUUUCUGGAUGCAAACCGAGGAUCAUGAAUUAUUUGUGUUGGUUGGGUGAAGCAUUCAGUCUGGUGGAGAUGUUUACAAUAUUUUUACGUGCUAGUUACUGCAAAAAAGAAAACUUGUGCCACCUUUUACUAGCGCUUUUGGGAAGGAGCAGGGAGAGGCCAAGAUGGGUGGUCACAAAAAUACAAGUAAUUGAAACAAAAGGCAUGCUUAAUUGUCAUUUUUAAAACUAUAAUUUUUAGAUAAAAGAGAGUGCAGUAAUGAAUUAUUGGGUUCCUCCCCUCCCACACUGAUCCCCCCCCCCCCCACUAUCUAGGUUGCCUUCUUUUCCAAAGGCCAGGCAUGGAUUUUCAUUCAUGCUUGAAGAAUGUGGAAAUCUCCUGCAUACUUGGUUUUCAGCUUAGUGUGUAGGUUAUUGAACUUCUAAUGUGUGGGUGGCCCUUCCAGUACCCUCCCAUUCAAAGGUUGGCAAGGCAAAGAGAAGGGCCUUCACUUAGGAGACAAAUUAUAUGGGGAAUUCUACGCUUCCGGAGUCACUCUGUAAAGAAAAUCUCUUGGUUUAAGAGUUAGAACUAGCAAAUCUGAAUCACAUAUGGGUUAUGGGGAGCUUAUUCCAGGGACUUAAUAUAUUGUCAUGUUUUGAGAAGAAGCUCAUCAGGAUGUGGUCAAGCCAGGAAAUGAGGCACAGUUCAGGUUAGGGGAACAGACUUCUGGAAUACUGGAGCUGGCAGAGCUUUAAGGAGGAAAUUGCAGCAGCAAAAGGCAUGUGGAGGGUUCAUGGACUUUUAAAUCUGUUCUGUUCAUUUUUCUGAGAAAGAAAAGUACCGUAUUUUUCGCUCUAUUAGACGCACCAGACGAUUGAACGCACCUAGUUUUUAGGGGAGGAAAACAAGAAAUAAGAAAGGAACGCAAAGCAUCCUGAGCUAAGAGGGAGCGCUCCUCCAUCUUCGCUCAGGAGGCUUUGCGGGGCUACCCCUGAAGCCAGGAGAGCAAGUGGAAUCGGUGCGCACCGAUCCCUCUUGCCCUCCUGGCUUCAGCAAAAGCAAGCCUACUGGCUUUCCUCCCGCAAGAGCCGCGCGCUCUGUCCCUUCCCCCACCUCCUGCAAAAGCCAGGGAUAGCUGCUCGAAGCCUCCGCAGGGCAGCGGGAUAAAGGCUCCCCGCUCCCCUGCGGAGACUUUAUCCCGUGGCUAAGCCAGAAGCUAGAACAGCCUGUGGGAUCCCGCUUGCUGUCCUGGCUUCUUUAGCUGCACGCAGCCUCUCUGGCCGGGAGAGGCUGCGCGCGGCUAUUGCUUAAGCAAAGACAGCCAGCGGGAUGCAUCCCACUCGCUGUCCUGGCUUCUUCUUUAGCCGCGCGCCUUCAUCCCCUGCCCAGGAGGGGCUGAGGCUCCCCCAAGAGCUGCGCUCCCUUUAAAGAGCGCGCAGAGUGUGCGUACGGAUCUUUAAAGGGAGCGCUGAGCAGAGCCUCCUGCCUGCAUUCGCUGCAUAAGACGCACACACAUUUCCCCUUACUUUUUAGGAGGGGGAAAGUGUGUCUUAUAGAGCAAAAAAUAUGGUACAUAAAUAUCCCUUGUUAUGCUAACAGCCUAUUCUGUAGCAGUCCAGAAUGAACGCUGGAAUAUGUAACUAUAAUGUAACCUGUGAUCAGAUACACAACAUAUGCUGUUGAUAGUGGUGCAGCUACACUCUUGCCAGAAAAAGAUAUGGGCUUCUGAAGCUGCAGAGACACCUAUAUACAAUAGUAUGGAAUAUUCUAUUGAUCUAUGAUGUUCUGUGGACCCAGCUACAGCGGUUCUGGCUGCAUAACACUACAUUUGGACAACAUGGCAUUUGCAUUCUGGUCAUUGUUGUUUUAUGUGUAGUUUGGUGCUCUGGUCAAUAGCAGCCCCUGUCUCAGUAAGAUGAAUGAACCUGAUCUUGUGAUUAGGGCUUGGCGAUGGAGAAGUUGGCACUGAAACACAAUUCAUGCGGGCAAGUUAACACUAGAGCACAAUCUACAGUAAGAACAGUUCUAUUUGGGAGUUUUGUAAACAGAAGCACAGCUACGUAAAUCUAAGUGGAUACAGUUAUUUCCAAUAUGCCCUAGAACUCCUGUGGUUUAGGGUUCUCUCAGCAGUGGACCUCAUACAAAAACAUAAUGUGAGCCUAAUCCCCAAAACUUGUAAAUUUACUUGUAAAUUGCUGUCUGGAGAAACACACAGCUGCCAUUAUUACUGCUUUAACACUAGAGCCAAAUAUAUUGUCACAGUUGGAGCAUCAGAGUAUAAGCAUGAAUUCUGCCCUUUUUUUAGCAUUACGAUGAAUACUUAAUCUCAUUUUUUAUUAUAACUACAGAGUAAAGACAGUUUGGUUCCAGUGUCCAUAAGGUUUGCAACUGUUUUCUUAGCUUGCAACUUAGGGAUUAAAAAUUUCUCCAUCACCAUUUACCGUAUUUUUUCCAUGUAUAGGAUGCCCCCUAUUUUGGGAGACUCCAAAUUAAGAAAACACACUUUAGCACUACCUGUCUAUAAGAUAAGCCCCAAUUUUAAACCUAAUUUUCUGGUAAAGCCCCCCCCCCCAGUCAUAUACACGGAAAAAUACGGUAAUUUGUAUGCUGUUUUUCCAUAGUUAAAACCAUGUUCAAGACGGCUUACACCUGUAAAGAUUUACAUAAUUACAAACAUAUCAAAAGUAGUCAAAAACAACGAAUAAAGCAUAUCAAAAGUACACAACCAUUAUUGAACAAUUUCUGCAUGAAUAAGAUGUAAAUAAAUAAAAUGUAAACAUAAACAUACAAAAAAUAAUAUAACAGCGCAAAAACCCCCAACAAUCCCUCUUAAACAAUACCCCAACCCAAGAGUCUAUUCAGCAGCCCCAGCUUUUGUAGCUGGAGUCAGUCAGGGCUCUGCCCUCCAGGUGGAACAGGCUAGUAAGGCAGGGAGCAAGUCUUCCAUGACUCACAGCCAAAAUUUAAUAUUCUUCUGGUGACUAUAUGCUGCUUUUAGGAGUUAGUGUCAGAUAAAUAGAAUGUGUGGGUAGCAGGAUAAUUUUGCUAAAUGUACAUUGGAGAUCAAGAAAGCGUAACUUAGUGGUCAAUUGGCUGUUCAGUUAUUUUAGAACAAAAUGAUAAACUGCCAAACUCACUAUUCAAGAGUCUGCUCCGUGCUAUGGUUGGUUUUUUAAAAAACAAAGGCCCAGCUAUACAUCAGUGCAGUUCUGUAUCCUAUCUAGUUUGAAAGCAUUUGGCGGGGAGUGAAAUAUAUUUUCUCCAGAGGUUCCAGCUGUAUCAACCUGAAUGUUCUAUGACCCACAUGGCAACAGUUCUGAAAUGGUGGGCUGGAAUAAAUCAGUGAGUCAUGGAAGACAUCCUCCUCUGCACUUCUUGCCAGGGUUCAUUAAAUUGGGUGGGGAAUCUCUGGCCUCUCUCCCCAUCCAUAUUUCUCACUAGCCCUGCUCUGUACCCUGAUCAAGUGCUUUUGCCUUGAAGGAAUGUGUCCUUGACAUUUCUAUUGGUUAUCAGAGUGGAGAUGUGUAGAAAUGUCUGAGUUGUACAUAGUUGGGAUAUAGCCUGUUAAAAGAAAGGUAAGAGUCACAUCCAUUGUUCUACUUGCUUUUGGAUCUGGCUGUAUGCAUGACUGGCAUGAACACCCUGGAAAGUUGCCCACGGGAAUCUGUGGCCCUUUGUUGAAAAGUACCGUAUUUUUCGCUCCAUAAGAUGCACCCGAUCAUAAGAUGCACCUAGUUUUUAGAGGAGGAAAAUAAGAAAAAAAAAUAUUCUGAACGAAACAGUGGAUGUAUGAUUUUUGUGGUUCGUGCUGUGUCCACAGACAUGUGAUCUGAUGGUGAAUUUGGGGUGACCCAAUGCAAAAAUCCUGAGGAUCCAUGUGGAGCUGUGCUUUGUAACCACGGUUUUGCGCCAUUGCAACCCCAGGAAACAGUGGAUGCGUGAUUUUUUUGGUGCAGGCUGUAGCCAUGAACAUGCUAUGUGAUCUGAUGGUGAAUUUGGGGUGGCCCAGUGUAAAAAUCCUGAGGAUCCAUGGGCUUUUACCUCCCCCCUCCCAGGCAGCCUCCCCUAGCAUCCCUUAUCUCUCUUCCCACCAAUCAGCUGUUUCCUUUCAACGCUCCCUUCCCUCUUGUUUGCCUUAGUGGCUUUUCCUUAGCUGGAGUAGUUUUUUGCUCCUCCUUUUCUUCUAAUUUCUCUCCUUAUUGCUUUAGUCUUCCUGUUUCCCCCCUUUGCAAAUUUGCUGUCUUUACCUCCCCGCUCCCAGGCAGCCUCCUUUAUCUCUAGCAUCCCUUAUCUCUCUCCCCGGUUGGCAAACGAUCAGCAGCUUUGUUUCAACACCCCCUUUCCUCUUUUUUUAGUAAAAAAAGCAUGAUCUGCUUUUCGCCCCUGGGCAGUUCGGCUCCAGGGACCAUGCAUUUGCUCCAUAAGACGCACAGACAUUUCCCCUUACUUUUUAGGAAGAAAAAAGUGCGUGUUAUGGAGUGAAAAAUACGGUAUACCCCAUGCUUGCCUUAGAUGAAAUCACAAAGGGUUUUGUUCACAUCUUUCUUCACUAUUUGCAUGGAGAGAUUUAUUCCUUUUUUUCAGCCUUAGAUUAUAGUCAUCUAAAUCAGGGUAGAAACCAGUGGCCCUUCAAAUGUUGUUGGGCUCUUCUAUCGGCCCCAACCAGGGUGGCCAAUAACCAGGAAUGUUAGGAGCUAGAGUCCAGCAAUAUCCAGAGAACCGUAGCUUCCCCAUCCUUUCUUUAUGCCUUCCGUCUAUUAAAGAAUGGCUAGUAUCUUAUAGAGGUAAAGGUAAAGGGACCCCUGACCAUUAGGUCCAGUCGUGGCCGACUCUGGGGUUGCGGCGCUCGCAAGUCCUAGGCUCUGUGGUUUAACCCACAGCGCCACCUGCGUCCCUCUAUCUUAUAGAGAGGUUGGCAUUAAUAAAACUUUUACCGGCUUAGGUGUGAUUCUUUCAACUGGAUUUGUGCCUCACUGGGGAAACUGGCAGGAAGUGUUGAGGAAGGGUUGACAAAGUUUUCCAAAUCCAAACUUUUGCAAAGAAUCAUGACCAAGUUUGUCAGGGUUGUAUAACCUGAAGGCAGUAGUUAUGGAUAUUUAUUGCAUGUGAACAACCAGCUAACUGAGAAGUGAUCCAACGUCAUGUCCCUCCUGGAGGAAUCCUUUUUGAGGGCUCACAUGGAGUUCCUGAAGCUAAAAUCACAAUGGUGCAGUCUUUGGCAAUGGCUCUUGAAGGAGAUCUGUUGAUUCUGUGCCCUCGGGACAGGUAACCCCAUCUUUGUCUUAGAGACAGAUGCCAAGUGGCCACCUAGUCCUCAGGAGUGCAGGUACCUAAUGGUGCAGAAUUGGUCAAUCUCCAGCUGCAGGUACUUGCCUGAGGAAUAAAGUAUCCACUUGAGCAAAGAGAUAUUUGAGAAUGAGCCACUCUUCACAAGUCAGGGCUCUGUAACUUGAGGCUUAAAGGCCUUCAGUUCCAGACAGAGUCCUGGAACAAUGUGUGCACCAGCUCCUAGACUUAAAUAUCCCCUGAUUACCAAACUGUUUGCUAGGACCUCUCACUACCACCCUGAUGUUUGGACUUGAGACUGCCUUCAGAUCUUGCUUCUCAUUCUGACCUUGUGUUUGGACCUCAGACUGCCUUCAGACUGUGCUCCUGAUAUACACCUUCACUAAUUCCUAUAUGUAAAUCAAGCAGCACUGUAAGAAGUGACCUGAUCUCUUAAAAAUUCCAUAUAACAGUGUUUGAAACUUUGCUUCUAAGGCAACCAGACUAGUUGAGUACCACUUAGGAAGACGUUUCACGUCUUCAGGUACCGUUGUGUGUGAAUGUAUAUUUGAAUCAAUACUAAGUGUUAACAGACAUGGUCAUUCUUCCUUUAGUGACUCCAUCAUCACAGAUGAUGUCUAGAGGCAUCAGUAUCUUCUCACACUGAUUCUAGCUCACUAUGAUAAUAAAAUUGGCAGUAAGGUUGUUUCUGCAUUGAAGAGGAUAUUCACAGUGCCUUAUAAGAUGCCUGUAAAAAUAGGCCAUCUGUGAUAGGAUCUGGCUAGGCUGCGCAGUGAAAAAUUCUCUGGAAAAUAUGCCUGUGGGUCUUUAACUGUGAAAAGGCAAUAUUAUGAAUAUUUACUUGUGAAUGAUCCUAUUUUACUCAGCGGGACAUGCUUGCUACAUACAUCUUGGCUAUGUGAGAGGUUGGAUGACUUAACAAAUUUAUGUAGGCAUACAAAUAUUAAUAUGGAUACUGCAGGAGCUUGGCUCUAGCAGGUUCCCAAUAUUUUCAUGGUAUGCUACCAUCUCUAAGUGAUUCCUCCAGCAGGGAAAUGACUUCAGGUCACUUCUCAGCCGGUUGUUCACAUGCAAUGCAAAACUCAGUGGUGCUUAUAACCCCAAGGUUGCAGGUUCAGUCCCCGUAUGGGACAGCUGCAUAUUCCUGCUUUGCAGGGUGUUGGACUAGAUGAUCCUCAGGGUCCCUUCCAACUCUACAAUUCUAUGAUUCUAUAUUCCCAACCCAUAGCUACUACCUUCAGGUUAUACAAUCCUGACAAACGUCUUCAUGAUUUUGUGCAAAAGCUUGGAUUUGAAAUUUUUUGUCAACCCUUCCUCGACACUUCUGGCCAGUUUCCCCAGUGAGGCACAAAUCCAGUCAAAAGAAUCACAAGACCUAAGCAUAGCCUGGAUACUAGAAAGCAGGAGUGACACCUUUAAAAAAUAUAGAUCAUACUAAAAUGAGAGUGUAGCCAUUUUCAGGUGCCUCAAAGUCCUGAAACUUGUGAGAUGAGGCAGCAGGAACAAGUGUGUUUGUUUCAUCCCUCACCCCUCCUCUCUCUAUAUUUUUGCCUUCUGCCUUGGGAAAGGAGAAUGUCUGUCUGCAGUGGGAAGGCUUUUGUAUCUGUAGUGGCUUCCUGUGUGUAUUGGAAUGCUUUCAUAGGUUUGAAGGCAAUAGUGGUGGACCUAGCACAUUUUACCCUACUGCCCCCCAUGCUUACUGUUACCACUUUGGAGCACAUGAAGAUGGAUUUUUGGAUGGAUUUCCCCCCUAAAUUGAUUUUUGAAUUCUGAAUUUAUUGUUAUUCACAUUUUAUACUGUAUUUUACGGUUUUUUGUUGCAUCAAUUAAGUGUUUUAAAUAUGUUGUUAGCCGCCCUGAGCCCGGUUUUCUGAACCGGGAAGGGCGGGGUAUAAGUAAAAAUGUAUGUAUGUAUGUAUGUAUGUAUGUAUGUAUUUAGAGAGCUGGAGAAUAAGCUGCCUGUGAGCCAGAAUUACUGGAUCAAAAUUGCAUGUGAUACGCUGGAAUAUUAAGUUGGAGGGUAGAACAUAGUGUACUUUUGCUGAGGAUGGUUGCAUACACCCAUGCUCCUCUCUGUUGGAAAAGUGUGUUGUCCAUUUUCCAGGGCACAGCUGUCUGCCUUUGCCAUUAAUAAAAAUCUUCUUUACAAAGUGAUGUAAAGCUGGGUAUUGGUCUUGGGCUCUAAAUUCACGCCUAUAUUUUUCUUUCUCUUAGGAGUCGGAAGGACAGCCUAGAAAGUGAAAGCUCGGCAACAAUUAUUCCUCAUGAGUUGAUUCGCACAAGACAGCUUGAGAGUGUGCACCUGAAAUUCAACCAGGAAUCAGGAGCAUUGAUUCCACUUUGUUUAAGGUGAGUAGUGAGCCUGGUUCGCUCAGUUGGUUAGAGCGUGGUGCUGAUAACUCCAAGGUUGCAGGUUCGAACCCCGUAUGGGAUGGCUGCAUAUUCUUGCAUUGCAGGGCAUUGGACGAGAUGAUCCUCGGUGUCAAUUCCAACUCUAUAAUUAUGUGAACUACAGCUUUCUGUGAACUACCACCCUCUUGCUACUGUCACUUCAAGCACACUGUCACCAUUUAACAAGGCAUUUUGUCCAUGUGACAUUCACUUGUGAAUGUACAUGCUAAUAAUAAUGCACUGGUAUACAAGGCACUGCUUUUAUCAUAAUUUAGUCCAAUAUACAGCCCUGUAUUGAUAGAAUCCUAAGUAAUUAUCAGCUGAUUUGAUUGCUUUAUGAAAGAUUGUGUAUUGCAGUUAGUGAGGAAGAGUACGAUUGAGUGUGGUUAUCGAAAGUGGAGUUUUGGUAUGGAAUUGCUUUCACUUGAGCUCCCUUAUAACACACUCAGUAGUGUAGGAGCUAAUUCCCUGUGGUGUGAACCCAUGAGGCUGCAUUACGCUCAUCAGUAUUGAAAAUGAAACACAGGUAAAAUCUAAGUUGUCAUCUUCUUUUUUACCCAGGGCCAAAAUAGUCAGCAAGGGCCUUAAUCAUAGGUUACUGUGGUCAUGUUAUGUUCACCCACUUAUGCCUUACUUUUUUAUUAUCAGUGAAUUUAGAGUAAUGUUCUUACUUGCUGUGAGACUUGAGUAGUUUAGUGCUUAUGAUAUAGCAGUGUGUCACAUGGAGAAGAUACUGUGGAUUUAGAAAUCACAUUUAUGAGUGUUUAUAUUUACUCUUCCAGGGGCAGACUAUUACAUGGACGGCACUUUACAUACAAAAGUAUUACGGGAGAUACAGCAAUCACUUUUGUGUCAACAGGAGUUGAAGGGGCCUUUGCUACAGAGGAGCAUCCAUAUGCAGCGCAUGGCCCUUGGUUACAAGUAAGAGCCCUCUCGUCCUCUUUCCAUCUUGCUGCAGUCACUCCUUCUUCCCAAAAGAACAUUUCUUCCCUUCAUUUUGCUAUAUUAUUUUUAGGCCAAGGAAGCCUUUGCAUUCUGCUGCAGUUUCUUUUGAAGUGUUUAGGAAAGAGAAUUUAAAGCCAAAAAGUAAUGGCAGUCUCUAAUACUCUCUUCUGUGUGAACAGCAAUUUUCUCUCCCAGAAUCCCAGAACAUUUUACAAACUCUGCAUCCUCUAAUUCCCUCUCUUACCACUGCAAUGCAGCUACCUCUUGUAGUUACUGUUUUUGAGCAGCACAACGCAGCCUAGAAGAUAAGGUUACAAUACUUGAACCCUUGAAAAACUCAAAAGGAAAAUCAAAACUGCAGAAAUGGGAACCUUGCAAAAUGAUCUUCGCCUAGGGCGCUGUUGUGAAGAGGCCUGGUUUUUUAGGAGAGAGGCACAGAAUUCCUCUUCCCUUAAGAUGAAACUGUAACACACUUUUGAUUUAAGAGUUUUUUUUCUUAAGAUAUCCACAACAUGAAUUCCUAGAAAUGACAGCACUCCUCCUGGCCCCUUUGUACACUGGGUAUGUUUCACCCUUCCUAAAAUCCAGCCAUCCUAACUGCAUACAUCCUCUAGGAUGAGCUAGUGGGGGCAGGAAAUAGAGGAACUAUUUGAAACAACUGAGUGAAAUCCAUGCCUAUGAAGGAUGAAACUCUGCAUGGCUUCUGUAUCUCACAAGAUACAGUUAGGUUAGGACUCUUUCUCAUCUUGAAAUACUUUCAAAGGCUGUAGCUUUGUGUAUAUAAUCUACAACUAGUUAAGAAAAGGACAGGAAGUUUAGAUGUGUGGCCAUUUCUGCCCCCUCACAUUUUUCAAGAUGCAUUUCUUUCCUAAGAACCCUUCAGUUCUUUGCUCCUGUAGGUGUCACAAUUGGGCUGGGUAUGGACUUUAAAAAAAAAAAAAAAUUCUUAAAGCAUAUGAGCCUGAUACACUUUUAGAACAUGUUGAAGAGCUGUAGGAAGUCCCUGUCAGCUUGUUUUCUGAGAAAUGGAUUCGCUUUCCCAGCACACUAAUGAUUUAGGAUAGACACUCAAAGGAUCCAGUCCAUUGUUCUGGUUCUUGUAUUAUUGCCUGUGGCCUCUGAAUAUUUGCUCCAUAUAAUGGCUUUUUAGGAUUUGUCCAUGUGGGAAUGUAUUGAAGAGCCCUGUAUAGCUUAUCAGUUAGUGCUCUGGCUGUUAAGAAAGCACAGACUGAAAGUACAGACCCUUUUCAGAAUAGACAAAGAAUGAUCUACAUUUGCUGGUUGUGGGUGUGGCAUUUUUGGAAAUAACCUUACCCAGUUUCAUGCACCUCUGGCCGUCCUUCUUGCUGCUACCUGCCCUAUAAUUAGACAUAACUCACAGAUAUAGGAAAGCUAGAAUGAGUAGUUAGGGCCUAGAGCAAGCAGGUUAGUAGGUGAACCUGUAGUUGUAGAAUAUUCUUAGUUUUCGAAAUGAAAUAGCAGCUUGGCACAACCCAUGUUUGGGGGGAUAAAAGAGCACAUUUGUCCUCAGCAGAGGUUUUGUAUAAUCAGAUAAAGAAUUCCCCAAUGUCAGGGACAAGCAGGAGUUCCAAGGGGUGAGCAGAGAAGGCACGGGGGUAGGAGGAUGGGGCAGGGAAAGAGGCCAGUGAUUUGGGGGGUUCUGUGCCACCUGUGAGGCAGGAGCUGGGGUUGGAGGAAGAGGAAGAGUCCGGGCGGGCAGGCAGCUGCGGGGGGCUCCUCUGUCCCUCCCCCGCUGUCUCCAAGGACAAGGAGGGGCUUAAAGCGACAGGAGCAGCUGGAGCUGCUGUGCAGGUGAAGUCGCCAGUUGCUUGUGUGAGGGGGCUUAAGUGAGCUGGAAGGGGCAUGGUUGCUCCAACUGUCUGGGCCAGAGUACAAUGCUGAAGAAGUAGGUGCCUAGCUAGCUAAUUAGUAGGAGUGCUGUGUAUAUCCCUUGCACCUUAGGAGCUGAUGUAGUUGAGUGUUUUGCCAACAAAGAACUAAACUACCAAUUGCUUAUUCUCGUUGGGGCUGGGUGUGCUCUGGACACCCAACCACAUUUACUCUCCGUCCGAUUCUGUACCUAACAGUGACUACUCGUACCCAGCCCUUUUACUGUGUUUCAUUUUUGUCUAGCAAGGAAGUGGGAGAUGUAUGAAAGUGUAAAAAAUGUGACCUCUAAAUGAGUGCUUUUGACUCCUCAUUAGAAGCAUAAAGGUAUUUGGCUCUAAAUGGAAAGCAUGUUUUGGAUAAUGAUAACAAAAGAGAAUGUAGUAAGAUUCAGACUAUAAGCCUUUGCCCGUUUACUUGGGAAUAAGCUCCACAUAACAUAAUGGGAUUUACUCCUGAGUAGACAUGUAGAGGAUUAUAUUAUGUUUCCUAAUGUAAAAACCACCAGGAAAUUGUGAUUCAAGGAUGGAUGUAAAGGUGAGCAUGUGGAUAUAAAGGUGAGCAUGUGACUGAACUAAGGAAGAUCCAGGUUGGACUUUUCUUGAUUCUGAACAUGAUGAAAUGUAAAUGUUCAGCUAUAAAUUAAAUACAAUGUACAUCCUUAUAGAAAGAUCUUUAAACCUUUUAGCAGUCAACAAUCCAGCUGUGCUCUCUGAAUCUUGACAGAGGUCAACCAGUGUUUUGUAUGCCUUCUUUGGAAAUAUGGCACUCAUGUUUCCAAAGCACCUUUCCUUCUAUUACUACUACCUUACAGAAAAUCAGCUGCCAAAAACCCUAUGGUCAUACUUCUACAGGAACAAGGUGUGUUUACCAAGAAUUGAUUAGCUCCACUUUAAGUACUAAUCUUGCCAAGGUGAAGGUGAAUUAAAUUGAGCAAGAAAAAGCAGCUCAUCCCCUUGUCUGAUCCAGCAGGGCUGCUCUUAGAUACCCUGACCUUAGCCUGUUUAAGGCUUUAAAAGGAAAACAAAACAUAACCCAGUAUUUUGCAUUUAACUUGGAAGCAAACUACUCACUUCUCUGGUAAAAACAAACAAACAAAACCUUGGAAGCAAACUGAAAUCCAGUCUAGAUGUUUUAACUCUGAAAUAAUAAAAUCCCUGGCAGUCAGUAUCUGUUAAUAGGCACACACUCUGCCUCAGUGAACAUUGUUGAAAGACAGCCACACGUCCAAUGGCUUACAGCAGCGGUGAGAUACCUCUGGAGGCAAUUUCCCCCAAUCCAUGUCCACUUACCCCACACUUGACGUCACAUGUCAGGUGUGAGGCAGGUAAAAAGACGCAGCUGCAUUGGGAGGGGGCUUUUAUUUGGUGCCUUUUAAAAUGGGUGUCAAAUCCGCUUCUGGGAUUGGUUCUACACAGGAUCUCAUGAGUGCAGCCAGUCCCUGCUGGAAGUGGGGUUUGCAGCUGCCACUGAUGAGCUGACUUGCAGUGACUACAGACCCCAUUUUGUUUGACUUCAUGGUUUGAUUUCAACAGUUGGCCCCACUUGCUUACAUGUGAGGUGAUUGAACACCAAAAGAAGGCUUCUGUCAUGUUUGGUUUUAGCUUCCACACCAAAAGUUCAGACCCCCCCCCCCAAGCUGCCAUUGCUAGUACCUGAUGCAUAUACUAUUCAUUUUUCAUACAGAGAGCAUCCAUUAGUCACAAAGUGAGCCUUCUGCCCUCAGUACAGCUCAUAGUUCUUCCUCAAUAUCUUUUUUAAUACUCUCUUGCAGUUGCAUACCUUUUUCUCCACCUUUUUAAGCUCAGAACUUGCUGAGCUCCCUAACAUCAACUUAGAACACACAAUUCCAGAUUGUUUAGGAAUCUAUAUGCUCCCCCAAAUAGUAUUAUGGGGAGGAGUGCAACUUAAUAUUAUUUAGAUUUUAUAAUAAUCUCAUAGCAAAUUAAGGUUUUUUGGCCACAAAAUUUGAGGCUUUUUAGCAUUACAUAUUAAAGUCCAUGAAGAAAACUUUUCUACAAGUUUUUUAUACCUGCUAAUCAGUUACACAAAGCUGAAACUUCAGGAUUCCUUGUGUCAGCCUAGCUUAAUUCCCUAACACCUUCCACUGUCUCCGGUAUUGUUCAAUGAGAAAAUCACUUUGAGCCACAAAGAUGCUAAGCAAGCAAGAAGUCUCAUUUGUUAGCACUAAGCUUCUGUUUGUAUGUUAGUUACUGUGGCAGUGUCUCUGAUGUGUAACACUCAUACUAAUGCUGUACAUGAUCAAAGGCUUCCAGCAACGGUUUCACCUCCUCUGGAAUAAUGGCUGCCAAAAGCAUCAGCACCUCUUUCUGAAGAUAUUGCUAAGGCAAACCUCUUCCUGGGGGCAGAGUGAAUGCUUCAGGUGAGCAUUAAAACAGCCAUGCUGGGUCAAACAAAUAGCCUAUCCAGUGUUGUGUAAUGGGCUUUCUGUCAUAGAAACCACAUACAAAAAUUUUAAUAGCAUUGGAGCUAUUAAAACAGCAUUUUCCAUUUCUUCCUGUUUUCUUCCAGCAUCUGUCAGUCCAUGGUGUUAGGAAUAGUCAAAGCAUUAAAAAGCUAAGACAGAACUUGCAUUAAGACAGUCCCUUUCCCGAAAUAAUAGAAUGGCUGCUUCAUUCUUUAUGUAGCAGCACACAUGCAUUUGCCAGUGCCUUUGCUUUAUUAAAGGACCACCCCUUUCUUGGCUCCAUUGUGUCUUUAUCUGCUUAACAGGCAUUUGCAAAUGCAUAGUUGUUGCUUGCCCACUCUGAAUUUAUAUUUUUACAUCUAACAAUAUAAUGUGAAAGGUAAGAAAAAUGGCGAACAUCAUUAUUUUGAAACUGGCACAAAUGUUCAUUUUGCUGUAAAUACACAUGUUGGAGAAAGUGGUGUGCUGAGCCUGACCUCACCUUCAUCUAGGCGAAAACUCAUUUGAAAAGCAGUCCUGUAAUUUACAGUCCCUUUAACAUGUUUAGCCAUCUUUUGUAACAUGAUUUUGCUGUUGGAUGUUACUAUGCUGCUGGUGAGAAAAGUUCUACAGCUCAGGGCCAGACUAGAUACAACAGUAGGCAGCUGGUUUUUUAAACAGUAUUUUAAUAGUCACAGCCAUGCCUCCCCCCAUUGAAACUACAGGGUAAGAGGAAAGGGAUAAUGCCUCUCCCUGGGGCUGUCAUUUGUCUUGGGCAGAAAUUAAUACCUUUCUAAUAUCUGCAUGUUUUGACCCACAGAAAGAAUGGUGUGGAGAGAGUGGUUAAAACACACUCCAGUUCUAUGAUUCUGGUUGGAUCUCCCCUGCCACCCCCUCCCAGCUAUUAUUAAAGUAUUAAAAAUAGCAACACUAUCUGCCUUCAGAUGUAAGAAAUGUGGGUAAGGAAAACAGGGGCUGUUAGGGAUGAGUAUUCUAGCUCUGGCCUUCAUCAGUUUUUGUCGUGUUCCACUUUGUAAAAGGUGACUGUGUCUAGUGGGGGAGCCUUUAAUAUCUAUGGAGGCUUCCAGCACAUUUUGGAACCAUACUUUCCCCUAUAAGGAGCCUCCGCAAAUACAAAACUUCCCCACCUUGACACAGUCACUUCUUACAAUUUAGACAAUGAUAAAAAUCUAAUAACCAAAGAAGGCUGCUGCCAUGCCUGAUUAUGCCUACAGGUAUGAGCAGUGUAAAAAAUGUCUCCUCUUGAUGUUGCUGUGUGUUAUCUGUUUCCAAAUAAAAUUUAACUUCCGAUUAGUUGCGGAGCAUAGGCAUCUCAACAGGUGUAAGCCAUAAUGGGUGUAUGAAACAGCCAUGCCAUAGGCAUAGGCAGGAUUUAUGUUUGGGGGGGGGGGAGGCAGGACACCCACCUGUCAUCAUCCUCUGUCUGGCAGAUUUGGAAUGAAAUGUCUCAACAACUGUUUUAAAUCACUUUCUUUUGCUCAGAAAAAUCUGUCAAAAAUCUUUCUACAGUUUCGACUUUUAGUUAAGCACUUUUAUUUAUUUACUUAAUGGGGGGAGGCAGCUUCCCCCUCCCGGCUAUGCCCAUGAGCCAUGUUAAGAGGCACUAUGCCAGUGAAUACAACAAUAUGCUUGGGAGCAACAGUAUUGGAGGGCUCUUGCCUUUAUGUUGUGUUUGCCAUCUUCCCAGGAGCUGGCCACUGUGAGAAACGGGUACUGCCUUUUAAGUAGUGGUAACAACUAAUUCUGCGCUUGGUGUUUUCUAAGUGUAGCUGCAUAUGUGAACAUUGGGAAGAAAUAUACAAGAAAUUGCAGCAGCCACUGCUCAUACCGCAUUCAAAAUUUGCUUUCAAAAGUGCCUGGCGUUUGGCUUGUCAAGCAAGUAUGCAGGGCAGCACUUGAACCAGGCCUGGCAUGGGAAGUGAGAAGCUCCACUGUGCACAUUGAAGUCACUAUUAAGGCUUCAGUCUGCCAUUUUGUUGAUCACCCUUGCUAUCAAGUUCUUCUCAAGCUUUGGCUAUAUAACAGUAAUAAUAGCAACAGCUGUAACACAUAUUUUAUUUAUUUAACCCUUUGUCAUGUAGGGUCCCAAGGUGGUAUGCAACAGCAUAGGGAAACAAGUCACAAAUGUGGCAAAACAGGUGAAAACCAUAGCAUCAAGUGAAAAAAGCAAACAUAAGUUGCAACUGUACUUAACCAGCCAGACUCAAAACCAGUCCUUGGAAUGUCCUACUAUUCAGCCAUUUUUGCCUCCUGUUAGCUACUUUUCUUUAAUAUUUAACAGAAGGCUAAUCCCUAACAGGCCUUGACUUGGGUUCUUAUUUUUAGAGCAGGGAGCUUGAUGUACCUUUUUGAAAGGUCCAUGUCUUUGAUGUGCAUUGAAUCACUCUUAGGUUUCAUGCCCAAAAAUUUUUGUUACGUUGAUAAAGAAGGAUUUCUCUUCAUAAAAAUCCUUAUCCAAGCAUUUCAUAAGAAAAUAAGGGUCUCUGACAUGCAGUUUUUGAGAUUACCUCUGAAGAGUAAUUUCUUCUCAAUAAAAUAAUGACAAUUUUUUUCUUUAAAGUUCCCCAAGUCUCAGUGGCAUGUUGGGAAUACCAAUAUAUGCUAAAGGUUUGUGGAACAAUGCAGGUUGAGUCUUUUGUGUCAUUUCCUCAAGUCUCCCUUGAGUAGUGUAGCUUUACAGGGGAAGUGUGAUGAUUGUGACAAGCACAUUCCAACACUAUUACCAACACCCACCACAAACUGCUUUACUUGUUGCUUGAACAAACUUAGAGAGCUGACUUAAUAUAUUGUACAAUUGCUCUGUUCUAGUAAGGCUAUCCAGAGGCGAGCAUUUAGCAGUUUUAUCACUUUCUCAAGAUUUGUGUACAUACAUAGCACUGUGCAAAUCAUCCCCUAGGUUUGUUGAAGCAAAACAAGGCAAUAGUGCCUUACCCUCUGGUAGGUGUUGAGAGGCACUAUUAAGCCAUGUUUAGCCUCUCUAGGGACCAGCAUAGGGUUGAUUCUACAGUCUAAGCUUGAAUGACUCUGCUGCACCAUCCCAUUUUUAGCAAGAGAAGAAACAGUCAGCUCUCUCAAGUUUGCAAGCUCUUGCCCCAUUAAAUUCCUGGCUGCUAUUCAUAUAAGACAGUCCAUUAGCAGUAUGAAGAUGCAGGCCUCCCUCCCUCCCUUCCACUGUUGGAGGGAAGGAGGCACUGUUCUUGGCAAUGUCUGUCCAGAAUUGGGUAGGUACAUUGCAGAGAAUUGAAAACAAAGGGUCCCAUGGCAUCAGUGUUCUAUUAGCAUAAGUGUUCAUGGGCUGGAGUCCAUUUCAUCAGAUACAUGUAGUAUUAUACACUGUUGGCAGUAUGGGUAUAGAGAAGGGGGGGAGAGAGAGAGAGAGAGAGAAAAAAGGGGGCCAAAUGGCUGUGAACAGCAACAAGUACAUAAAAUUGUCACAACUAUAAACCUGAAGAGAAGGGGAAAAACAUUCACAAAAGCAGCAAUUGGUGAUAAUAUAAUUAUCCUAAGUUUUGCAAUUGUUAGUCAACAUUUGUACUGAACAGGAAACUAUUGUCUGUAUUCAAGCCUGAACAGACUUGGACUUCUUGGUUCUAAUUCAACAAUUUCAUGCUGGAGUCUCCGUAUAAAAUAAUUUCAGAGAAUGCAAUUUUUCAGGUUAGUAACAGGGCUCUGGGAUGUUGAAAUGUACUCUUACUGGUUUCUGAAUGCUGCCAUUUCUAGUGUCUGAUUUGCAAACGUUUCGUCUUUUGCAUAGAGACUGACCUUUAUGUAGAAGGACAUUGCUGGCAGGUAACAAUAUAUUACAAAGGAAUAUGAGCAGGUGCACGAGUCCUUAACGUUAGGUCUUACAAUAGUGCAUCAACUUUGUCCUAAUAAACACUCAGGCAUCUAGGGUUGCAGUAGGGUCUGCGUCCAUGUACAGCUCCUAAAAAAGAUCUCUGCAAAUAUCAGACCCUGGGCAGGAGAGGCACUCCUUCUGGUAGUCAGAGCCCCAACCAUUCAGGGCUUUAUAUGUCAACCAGAACCUUGAAUUUGAGAGUAGCUAUCUUUAAGCAAGGAUAAGUCAACUCAAGGCCUGUGAGAAAACAGUAUCAUUGUUCAGGAUGGCCUGUAGAUCCUUGACAUUACGCAGACAUGGUUUACUUGUGAGCUGUACAGGUAGUGUUCUGUCAAUUUUUUCCCCUUACGGGACUCUCCUGUAGUAGAUUAUUUCUGGAUACAAGUAUAACCUUGAUGAUCCUGCUUUUUCACUUCAUUGGGUGGGUGUUAAUAGUUUAAGAAAUGCCUGAUGUAAAUCCUAAAGGUGUGAGUCCCUGUCCAACAAGUUGGAACAGAUGCAGUUCUCUUAAUAAGACUUGGCUAUGGACAGUGGAUCUUGUGGUGUCUUUGUGGUGAAAGUUAGAAUACAAAUGUGCAUUGGGUUUCUGGUAUAAGGUGAUGCUUGUAUUUUUAUUGCAUAGAUGCACACUGGUGUCCAGAAAGUGAACUGGCUGCUUGAACUGGUCCAGGUCCAGGUCCAUGUUCAGACCAUCAACCUAAUUUAAUAAACCUUAGUUUGUGUGAUUCCAUUUAGUGGCUUAAACAAUCGUUCGGAAGGACAAAAAAUACUUCCUCAGGUUUUAGAUGGUGUGAAUAUGUCACAGCAAGAAUGGUCUAAGGUGGCAACUUUUAUAAGUGAAAUAAUUAGCAGGAUUCCAACAACAAACUGCUUGUUCCCACAAAAUACUUUUCCUCCAUAGAAGCUGCAGCAGCAUUAUCUCUCCCUACCCCAAAAAAUGCUGUUUUGCUGUGGCACUUCAGCCACCUACCACAUUUCUGUCAUGUUCGUGGUCAUCAUGUCAUCAUUAUAGGCCAAGGGAGUCGUGUACAGAGGGACAGGUUGGUGGAUUCCAGCAUAGUUGAAGAAGUCAGACAGUGUGUGUUAAAAAUACAGCCUUUGGGGUACCUGGAUCAAGGGAGAAGGAUGGCAAAACCUAGCUUUGUUUCUCCUCUCCCCUUCGCUUGACUUGGGGUGGGAGAAAUAAAGCUAUAUUUUGCAAGCAAAAGCAGAGAAGCCUCACUUGCUGCUGUUUCGAAGAGCAAGCAGGAUUGCUCACCCUUCACAUUAGCCAGUGCUUAGGGAGGGGGAUUCUUUUAAUGCUAAUUUCAGGCAUGUGAGAGAGCUCCCUGCAGGGUGCACUCUUGCAUUCCUGCACCAAACAGGUUCGCUUGUCCUUGCAUCAACCAAAGGUGGUGGGGAUCCUGCUUAGUGCAAGGCACGGCAAAGAGCUCUCACAUGCACCGAAAGCCCAGUUUUUAGGAGGAUUGUUCUCCCUUCACGCCAGCUGCUAGGUACUGAGUUCCAAAAGCGCUGUUUGAAAUAUCCAUCCCCAUUCUCCUUUAAACAGUGCUUUUAUGGGGGUUAAUAUGACCGCUAAGAACUUAAACCUAUUUAAAGACAAUUAUGAGAAAUGUUGGUCAGAAGUGAAAAAGGAUCUAGAGAUAUGGUCAAACUUGAAGCUUUCCUUGUUAGGUCGAAUUGCUGCUAUAAAGAUGACUGUAUUGCCAAGAAUGUUAUUUUUGUUUCAAUCAUUGCAAAUUUUGGACAAAAUGGACUGUUUCAAGAAGUGGCAGAGAGACAUUUCUAGAUUUGUCUGGCAGGGCAAGAAGCCCAGAAUAAAAUUUAAAAUAUUAACUGAUGCAAAGGACAGAGGUGGAUUUGCCCUGCCAGACCUUAAACUUUAUUAUGAAUCAGCAGCAUUCUGCUGGCUGAAAGAAUGGCUGCUUCUUGAGAACACAGACAUUUUGGAUUUAGAAGGUUUCAAUAAUGUUUUUGGGUGGCAUGCAUAUUUGUGGUAUGACAAAGUUAAAGCACAUAAAGCAUUUAAAAGCCAUAUUGUUAGGAAAGCAUUGUUAAAUGUCUGGAUAAGAUAUAAGGACUUACUUGAAAACAAAACCCCAAGGUGGCUGUCACCAAUGGAAGCAAAGGCUCAGAAAAGGCUCAAUAUGGAGGCCAAAUGGCCGAAAUAUUGGGAAAUCUUGGAACAAGAAGGAGACAAAUUGAAAUUGCAGAGCUUUGAGAAAUUAAAAGAUAAAGUGCGAGACUGGCUUCAUUACUAUCAGAUAAUGGAGGCAUACAAUUUGGAUAAGAAAAUUGGCUUCCAGGUGGAAAAAUCAAAACUAGAAACAGAACUGUUAGAACCCAAAACUAAGACUUUGUCAAAGAUGUAUAACCUGCUGUUGAAAUGGAAUACUCAGGAUGAAACGGUGAAAUCUGCUAUGAUUAAGUGGGCACAAGAUGGUGGACAUAAUAUUAUGUUUGCUGACUAGGAACAGUUGUGGACCACAGGUAUGAAAUUUACGGCAUGUAAUACCCUAAGAGAGAAUAUUAUGAAAAUGAUAUACAGGUGGUACAUGACACCAGUCAAGCUUGCAAAAAUUUAUCAUUUGCCCAAUAAUAAAUGUUGGAAAUGUAAAGAAAAUGAAGGUACAUUCUUUCACCUUUGGUGGACGUGCCCAAGGAUUAAGGCUUUCUGGGAGACGAUCUAUAAUGAACUGAAAAAGGUAUUUAAAUAUACCUUUUUGAAGAAACCAGAGGCCUUUCUCCUAGGCAUAGUCGGCCAAUUGGUGCCAAAGAAGGAUAGAACUUUUUUUAUGUAUGCCACAACAGCAGCAAGAAUACUCAUUGCAAAGUAUUGGAAGACACAAGAUCUACCCACCUUGGAAGAAUGGCAGAUGAAGGUGAUGGACUAUAUGGAAUUGGCGGAAAUGACUGGCAGAAUCCGAGACCAGGGAGAAGAGUCGAUGGAAGAAGAUUGGGAAAAGUUUAAAGAUUAUUUACAGAAAUAUUGCAAAAUUAAUGAAUGUUAGAAUGAUGUUGGAUUGAAACUAAGUGGUCUUUAGCUGAAAUGUUAUAAGGGAAUAUGAAAAAAUGGAUUAUUAAUAGGUAAAAAUUUAAAAUUAUAAUACUUUACGAUUAACGACUAGGAUAUACAAAGAGGGGAGGGAUUUGCUGAACUAACAAACUGAACUGGAAUACAAAAAAGGGAGGCGUGAGGAGGUCCGGGAAAUAAGCAAAUGAAGGAUAAGUAAUGGAAAGAAUGAAGUGUUUUUAACUAUUUUUAUUUUUGCAUUUUUCUUUUUUCUUUUUCUAUAUUGUAAUAUUUUGAAAACCUUAAUAAAUAUCUUAUAAAAAAAUAAAUAAACAGUGCUUUUAUGCAACCCUUUGCUGAAACAGGAGCAUGGGGCUCUCUUAAAGUGCUUCUCAAAAUCACUGUUUGAAGCCACUUGCACACUUCUCUUGUGAGCAGGUGGUAGUGGCAGGGGGGAGAGUGUGAGAGACCUUUCUUCCCCACACCACUGCUGCUGCCUGCGUACUUGUAGGAGAAGAACAUGAGCUGCCUCAAACAGCACUUCUGAGCAGGAUAUAAUUCCCACCCAUGGAUAAUUGAGCAGAGAUUGCAUCCUGCUGGGAACAGGAUACACAGCCAAGCCAGACUUAAACCCCAUCCUCCCAUUGAUCUACUGACAUUGGCAGAUAGGCGUGGUUUGGGAGAAAUGGCCUCAUGGGCCACAUUGGUUCCCCACCCUUGCUGUAUGAGAUCGACUAUUAGAAUGAGACUGUUUCCAGGGGUUGGGUAACAACCCGUGCAGACAAACCCUUUUUACAGAGAACAUCUAUUGUUGGCCAGCCAAGUUUUUCCUGUUAACAUUAGUUCAUAAAAUAUAAUUUUAAGGAAUUUGUUACUGUUUCUUGGCAUCAACUAUAGAGUUACCUUUGCUUCCUCAAAACCUCCAGUUUCCUUUAGCCUUGCUGCAGAGACUCCCUCCAAUGGAUGAGAGAGAGGUUUUGCUGGGCAUGCCACUCAUACUUCUGCUUCUUUUUUACAUUUUUAGAAAAUGUUUCAUCUUUCCUAUUUUGUCACUGCAUAGUAUAUGCCAAGCCUUCAUUGUAAACAAGAAAUGUGAGUUCAGUUGUGUUUUUUUAAGUGCUCUUGGUCAAUGAAAGUGAGAUUCAAAUUCCUAACUGCUGAUCCUGCAUGGUGCGGGAAAUAGCCUCAAAAUACAAACAUAUCUUCUCCAUAAACGUAAAGCAUCAUUUCUGUGUUUGCACAGUAUUCUCAUUGUUCCAUCUUGCCUAGUGUAAUUCAGUGCUGCAAGAUGUUGUGAGGGCCACAGGCUUAGAUGCCUUUAAAAUGAGAGUGGCACACUUACAGAGGAUGGGUGUAUCACUGCAUAAUAUGAUAGCUAAACAGAGCCUCCCAAUCUCAAAGAUUGUCUUUCUCUGAACAUCCCUAGCUGAGGUGCAAACAGCAGAGGAGGGCUGUUUUCAUCCCCUGCUGUGGUCUUUCCCGAAGCAUAUUUCUAGUUAUUGCUGUCCAGAUAUGUCCACUGUUUGCCCGAGCCUAGAAAACCUAGCAUUGGUUGCUAAAGGCGGAGCACACUUGUAAGGUAGAGGGGGGCAUUGUAUGUUUUACAAACAGUCUCCAUACAAAGGCAGAACCAUGUCCUAGCUUGAGAAACCAGUUACAGCAGGCUAGUGAGGCAGGAACUGUUUGCACAAUGCCACCAGGUCUAUUGAAGUGUUGUGGCAUUUCAAAAGCCCCAUAGUGAGUACCAUUUGAUAGUCUAGGGACUGUUUGCUGCUCUAGGGACUGUUUACCAUGUUAGUUGUAGCUGAAAGUUUCCCUGGGAGGAAAAGAUCCUCUUGGAUGAGAGUUUUGAAUGUGUGCAGAACAACAGAGAUACUUAUCUCAGAUUUUCCUAUCAUUUACUUACAGGGAAUUUCCCCCCCAAUAGGGGAAUAAAUGGCUACUGUCUGCUACCAGUCUCUUCAUAGUGUCCUGUUGUCAGGAGCUCUUAAAUAUUCUCAAAAGGUGGUGCUCAGUUCAAGUUGAACAUUUUUCAAAGAACAGGGCCUAUUUGUUCAAUUUCAACUUCUAAGCUUCUAAAUCCCAGAAGAAAUUAAAUGAGGUGCCUAGAGCUAUGACAGCCUGUGAUGUUGAUUUGCUGCAGAUGUCACCUUUAAUAUCAUGCACAUCAAAUGCAUGCGAUUUCUAGUGCAAUGUGGUGCCGCCACUGCAGGAACAGUGCUGAAUUUAAGGAAUGCUGUGAAAAAAAUAUUGUUGAUAAUAGCUAACUGUACAGUCUCCUUAAAAGCCAUGCAGUAGGAACUCUUGAGGGUGAAGACAUGGGUAGAAGAUAAGGGUUUUUGCUGCUAUGCCUAAAUGCCCUUGUGUAUCUGGUUUAUCUGACCCUUGCAGGAGAAACAUUUGAGCUAGGGCAGGUAUAUCUUUUGUCUAUUAGCGCUGGAUUAUGUCUUGGUAUUUCAGGCAUGGUUUAACAAAGAAGUUCUUUGAAGGUUAGAUUAUUUGACCCAUUUGGUAGGAAAUUUGUUUGCAGGCUAAUAGUAGCUUGCUCCUCUUCCUCCUAUCAGUUCAUUGAAGCCUAAGGCUAGCUCAUGGUGUUUCAGACAAAAAGCACCUCCUUUCUCCUAUUGCCUGUCUUUUCAGAUAAUGUGAUCUCUCUUCACAAUUCUUAGCUUUUCUUCUUCUCUGAAUCAAAGCUUUCAGUUUUUGACACAGGGAGAGAAUUGAUGAUACAACUAGAUUCCCUAAUAAUUGCAGCAUUUUGUAGGUACUAGGGGAGGAAACAAACCGACCUCCAAGGGCUUUGUGAAUUUUUGUAUGAACAACAGUACAGUUUCUUCUCUGUGCACUAAGAAAGAGUCUGUUGCUUGGCAAUUAGGUGAAGCUUGGAGCGUAAAAGAAUAAAACUACUGUCUCUCCCUUUUGCAGAUCCUGCUGACUGAAGAGUUUGUGGAAAGAAUGCUGGAAGACCUAGAAGAUCUGAAUUCUUCAGAGGAAGUAAGUUUCUUAACUCUAAUAUCCAAAGGGACUCUUUCUGUAUUCAGGGGGUUGAUUUGCUUGGUUGAUGGUUUGAUGGCCUGGUUUCUUGGCUAUAAAUCCAGGGCUCAUGUUUUCUUUGCUGUUAUCACCCAGUCCUUGAAAGUCCUUCAUGUGGCCACCCCAAGAUUAUGUGGUCGGAGCACUGGGGAUGGUAAAGAUUGAAUGUUCUAUUUUAGGACAUCUAUGCUAGCCACUCCCCUGGCAGUUGUUGAUGUCUUGGCAAAAUUCCGACAGAAUUCCUAUCCCUUAUAGUCUACUGAAUGUAGACAUAGACUUUGUCCGUAAUGACACCUUCUGUAGUUUUUUACUGCUUACUUGACAGCCUUGCAUUGUGGUAAGAGCAUUUAUAUGACUCCUCUGUGGGGCUGCUAAUGGUUUUUCAUGUGCAUAUCAUAAGGUAAUCCUCCCUAACAUUCAUUCAUUGCCAUGAAAAGCAAAUAAUCCAAAUUCUCACAGUACCUGUUGACUCCAGUCAAGGUUUAUCUGCUUGUAGAACAGCCUUUCCUACUUCUACUGCCAAAACUGCCCUGUUGUUUAAUUCUUACUGCUGAAGUUUUGUAGUCUCAGAAUUAGAAGGCUGUGUUGUAAUGAAAGUUACAGUAGUAGUUUAUUUUUAAAUUGACAAAGGAUAAGGGGAGGGUGGCAGAAAUUUACAGUCAAAGGAGAUAACACAACCAACUUGGAACAUGCACACCUGGUUUUCUGUAAUGGAGUCUGUCUUGGGGCCUCUCCUGGCCAAAACCGAAACUUCCUUUUAAGGUGCAGGCUACUAUAGAAGAGUUAUUUUUAGGCAUGCUUCAUAUUUAUUUUUAGGGGUGCUUCAUAACAGUCUUCAGGGUUGGCAGUGGGGAACCCUCUCCAUUCCCCAAAGUCUUAGGUCAAUGAGAAGUUUGGUUCAUCAUAUGAGGAGUUGGUGACUGCCUCUUGGUCAGGGCCAGAAAGACAGCUGGCUCAGGGACUACAUAGUUACCUAGAAUCUUAAAACCAUGCAGGAAGGCUUGGCACACUUCUUACAUGGAUUAAAAAUGGAUUUGAGAGACAUUUUGAGGAACAAUCAACAUCAAAAAUGGGGGUGUAGUUGUUGUUUUACAGCAACAAAAACUAGAAUGAAGUUAAAAGACUGUUUCAUCUUGCAUCUAAUACUUAACCCAGUAAAUGUGAAUGAAGUUGUCUUUCAUUAUUACACCAAGUUUACUGCCUCCCUAAUUUUUAUUUAUCUCAAGAUCAUUCAAGUUUUUAGUGAAUAAAUGAUAGUUCUAAAUUACUUUUUAACCAUUUUUUCAUGUGAAGAAAUUAUUGGAGGAGUUUUAAAAUAAGUUUACCACUGAAUGAUCUUCCCUCAGUGAAGCAGAGCCCUAAUGUGAGCUUUCUCUUGAUUUUCUGUAAGCAUGAUCUACUGGUUCUCUCUGUUGACAGUAGGUUUCUGUUAUGCCCAGGAUACCUGUUUUGUUUAGCUACCAACCUCUUAAACUCUCCCAUCAUGGUUAAGAGAUUUCUUUAAUGUUAACAUAUAAACACCUAUACAUUCUAUUUCUCUUCAAAUGACAUUUUCUAGUUCAAUUUCUUCAGUCACUCUUUGGGUUUUUGCUAGCUACCAUUUUUCUCUGUACACUCAUUUUAGAGUUGUACUCUGUCCUCCACUUUACCUGAAAAACAUUUACAUCAUCAUCCUUAAGUGUUAAAUCAUCCCGAACUUGAUGAUCCUCAACUCCUGUUUGCUUACCCUGAGAAGUUAAGUCUAAAAGCUGCUCUGUGACUUCUUUCAUGUUCAGCACCAGCAGUUUGGUUACACUGCAGUUGAAGUGGAGGGUGCCUCUUUUGUACAGGCUCAGCUUGUCCCAGAAGAGACCCUAAUGUCUAGCAAAUGACUGCUCUAAAAUGCUUUGCUUAAUAGUGUGAUAGAAAUUUCCUUAAUCUAUACUCUUCCUCUUCAUACCACUAUCACAUCCAAGAACUAGGGCCCUGCAGUUCCAUCAGUCUAGCUGGUCCUGUAUGUGGAAGAGAGAGCAUUUCUGAAAAUACUACCUUGGAGGGCUUUGACUCAAUGUUCUACUCAGUGCUAUUUUUCUAGAAAAAGAGGUGCCAGAACUCAGCAUGAACACCUCCCUCGUUCUCUUUGAAUGGCAAUGGUGCCCACCUGAGAGCUGCUGGAACUGAGUUCUGGCAGAAAAAAAGCCCAUGUAACUUAACCACUCCUCAGCCAAUGUGCACAGUGGUCAUUCACCCCUCCAUCUAACAGUCUAUCCAGCAAGUGAUUCCACAGUCUUCCCACCAGGCAGACGCCACCCCCAACUUUGUGAUUGCCUCUUACUAGCCCCUUCCCCAAUCAAUUUCUGUAAGUUAUUAAGCACCCAAGAAAUAGGACAGUUCUAUAGAAUUUCCCCCUCAAUUCCUCAGCUAAGACCCUCAUUCUCUAUAAUAGCAAAUGAACUGUUGGCAUGGAGUAAGGCUCCUCUAUGUGUCCCUGAAUUCUGCCCCUCUGUUUUUCAAAGUCAGCCUCAGGGGAAUGAAUUUGUUCCCAAGGAACCAGGAGCUCAUAAGCCCCUAUAUUUCUGUUAGUUUUCUAGUUUUGCUACUGUUUUUGUUAUGUUCAUGUGGGAUUGAUGUUAACCUUGAGAGGCUUAUUGGGACUUCACUUCCCCACAACCCUUGCAUGAUCCUUUAUUUCCCAGUCUCACCAGCUUCUUCCUCAACUACCUAAUUGUGGGGUUUCACUUGUGUUUGUUGUAUAUCAAACCUAUUUUAAAACUGUUUUAUCACUGCAUUUUCAAUGUCUUGAACUCUGUGCAUGUUGCUGUACCCUGAAGUCUUCUAUGCAUGAUACGCUGGGCUAGAAAACCUCUGAAUUCACUGACACAGUCCUUCUUAAGCGGGUGCCAAAAAAAAGGCCCUGGUGAAUUAAGAGAAAGCAAAGUAAGACAGUAAUGCACAAGUGAGUGGUAGAAAUAGGAAAAAGAUACUUGGCUAUGUAAUAUAUGUAAACUGACCCGUGAUCUUUGGAUGAAGGGUGGUAUACAUUUUUAAUAAAUAAUGAUAAAAUAACUGUCUUCUGUCCCAAAUAAACACUUUGGGAAAAGAUUUCCUUAUUUACCUGAUAGCUGGAAACUUUUGCUUCUAUUGGGUCUAAUGGUAUUAUUUUGUUUGCUUUGUGUAUCAUACAUCAUAGUAAGUUAUAUUAACUAAUAACUUCUUUGCUUUUUUAGUUCAAACUUCCAAAGGAGUAUAGUUGGCCUGAAAAGAAACUGAAAGUCUCCAUCUUGCCUGAUGCUGUAUUUGACAACCCACUGCAUUAAAGCCAGCUGACACCCACAAGCAACAAGUUGCUCCAUGCUGCCCAGUGACUCAUGGGAUAAUUUAGUGCAGUAAAAGCUCUUCCUGCAAAUAAGAGAUGCUGCUGCAUAUCCACUGCAAACAACGGAGGGGUUACUCAACAGCAGUCCAGCCAGAACUCAAUUCUUCCAGUACCUGGCAUUCUCUUCCGUCAUGGAAGAACUCUGAAUAACCUGCAUAUGAAUGAGUGUGAGAGUGAGACAAGGAGAGAGAAGUAUUUAACUAUUAAUAGUAGUUGUAAGAAUUCCUUUCCCUACUUUAACUGGCUCCAGAGGUCCCUGCAACCCCCAGCUCAGGGUUUAUGUGCCUCAUCUGCCUUGGCUUAAUCACACAAUUUUCAGGCGUAAACACACAAUCCAUUAGAAGUAUUUUUUGUAACUCUCAAAUUCUUUAAUUAGCCAUGCUUCUCCUGGCCAGAAUUAUUCCUUCAGUGUGAUUUUUUUUUUAUUGCUCCAGAAAGGCCAUUUUGUUUAUACUUUAUGUACACACAAUCAAACUGAGGAAACGCUGAUCAGUUUUGAUGCCACACUAGGGACUGAUUUGGCAGGGGAAUCAUGGUCCCACUGGCUAAACUGCCAUGAUGUUACAGAGGGGGCUGUACUUAAGCUGUCAUUUUAGAUUCUGAAUUCUGAGGCCUAUAAACAUCCUAUUUAAGUCAGGAGUUUGCCCUAGGGAAGAGAUACAGCUUGGGUUAUAUUUAGGAAAAGGUUGCUUUAAAAAGUUCUGUGAAACCCAAGCCUAAGUGUUUUUCUUCAGAACGAAACUUAAUGGUGUUCAGUGGGGCUUCCUACCAGGUAAGUAUUUACUGGAUUGCAGGAUUAAACACCUAUCUUAGUGUGUCCUAGGGUAAUAGGCCAAAAUGAUAAUUGAUUCUCUUCAAAGAUAAGCAUAACUUCCUUGUUUCAUGGUCACCUGUAAAAGGGACAAGUACAUGGAGAAUUGGGUUUCAUAGGUAUUUCUCAUUGGGCUGUACAAUGAGCGGAGGUCUUUGGGUGUUUAUUUUCUAACUUGGUACAGCCAGAUCUUCUGGGUUAACAAUUCUGAUACUGUAUCCUUCCUGAAGUUUCCUAUAGAUUUGUACCAAAUUUUCCUGACUCAUACUGCAGAGAAAUAGAAAAGGGUACAUGAGUUAAAGAGAUGCCUGAAAACCUAUUGUCUUGUUUCUAAAUUGGCUUUAAAAACGAAGUUUUCCAAAGAACAUUUAUUUCUGCUGAAAUCAUGUUUUCACUUUCUAUUCACAUAUUUUGGGAAGGCAUAUCUGUUAAUUUUAAUGCAUAUUGAGUCAGGCCAUUUCAGAAUGUUUUGAAAAUUCAGCUUGAUGUACUGCUGUAUACACAGGCAUUAAUUUUCAGAGUUAUGGCCUGAUUUUGAGACAACUACACUGUAUUUCUAACACCAUUUUGUGCAGACUUUGUGUUUAUAGGCAGUUUGACUAACUUCCUAGGAGAGGAAAGUGGUAGUAGCCCCAUAGCUCACCACCGAAAAUGAAAUCUGGCACUGCUAAAGCAGAAAUCUACAACCUGAAACUAUCUUCUGAAAGUUUCUGUUACAAAGUUUGUAGAAGGAAACAUGUUGGUUCUCUUCCCUUCCCUUCCCAAGAGAAUGAAAAUCCACUUCAACUAGGCAACUGUUCAAAAUACCAUGUUCUCUUGUUGUGUAUACUUAGGUUCUUCAGAAAUUUUGUCACGGGCAUAAGUGACCUUCAGAAAUUGCUCAGAAUUGUUGUAUACUGAUGUACACCAGAAUUGGUGUACACCCAUGGGUAGAGAACUGGACCUCAAGCAAGUUUAGAUAGAUAUGUGCUGGUGACAUAAAGUAGCUCACAAUAAACUGUUUAAUAUUGCCCACAGGCUCCUUGUCAGAAUCCUAGAAGCCUCACCUUUCACAUUAAGUGACUUAGGAUCACAUGGUAUACUAGUGUGGUCUGAUGUUUAGGGACUACAAGGCAAAAAAGCUUUGGGAGUCACUCACUUAGUUUGUAGUAUUUUGGAAGCUGUUGUGCUGUCGUGAGCACAAUUCAAACGUGCUAAUGUAAGCAAAAUUGACUAACCGCUAUUGCCAAAUUGACUAAGCAUAAAACACUGCAAGGUUGAAAUAGGCCAAGCCAUAGAAGGUUGUAGUGAAAUCUUGUAAGGGGUCCCUGCUUAUGAGGAAAAUCUUUUGGCAUUCAAAUGGUGUGCUGUCACUCAAAUGUUACUGUCAGAUACCUAGCAUAUUUUCCCCACAAAAGCCAUCCUUAUUAGGCCUAGCUUUCACAAACAGCAGCUGGGAUGAUAAAGCUGUUUCUUGACUGCUGUGCUUAGGACUGCAAUGGAGUCUCAUAUGACAGAAUGCAAGAGAAAAAAUCCUUGCACAUAGAAAACUGGCAUGUCAAGGAGGAGAGUAGAAACCUUCUGCCUGACGUUAUUUUCCUAUGUACAUAGAAAUGUUAUUGGAUGAAGGAGAAUUCAGUUAUGUGAGGCUUUAGAAGUCAUUUCUAGAGUCUAAACUGUCUGGCUUUUCUACAGUUUAUCUUGGAAGCCUUGUGUUCCAUAGUAGUUUAAUUAAUGUAGUGAGGCUUUACACAGCUAUACUGUCUCAUUUGAUACUCUCUAUAGUUUACCCUCUAUGGAUGCAGUAAAGAGCUGAGGAGUUUCCUAUCUGAGAAAUGAAAGAAUCCAUGGAGGGAAAGCCAGAAAUCCUAUGAAAUGUUAAUCUGGAAAUGAAAAAAAAAUCUUGUGGGUUUUUCAGGAAGGAUCUGUGAGCUGGAGACUAGACUACAGUCUUCUGUGGCUUUUGAUAGUUUGCUGCAAAGUCCACACUGAUGUUACAUUUUUCCAUAACCUUUUAAACGUUUUGUUCUGCAUGAGCAUUCCUUUAGAGAGAAAGAACUGGUCCAAAGUGUAUUUAAAAUGACUGUCUUGUAGGGUUUGCAGAGUAUUCAGAUUUCAUAUCUGCCUGAAAGUACCCACAAAUUACUACCUUGGCAAAUCAAAGGUAAAGUGUCUUGGUGUUUAAUCAGUAACAGUUUAUGGCAGUAACUGCUAGAAACUAUUAUUGUUGGCUUCCCAGAGGACUUAAUGGAAUGGAGCUUGGUCUCUCCGUUUACUGUGUAUUGCUAACUUUUCACUGUGGUCACUUAUGCUGACCAUUCCUCCCACCCUAAGACAAGGCAGGAAGAGUUUACUUUGCACUCUUGUUCUCCACUUGCUAGUUACUAAAGUGGCUAACAGGAAACUGGAGCUUUGGCUGUUCUUCAGUUGGUUAGCACCUGCUGCUUAAUCCCUUCAGCACCUGGAGCUGUAAACACCAUUCCUCCGUUGCUGCAACAAUUAUUAACUUUCAGUGCAGCUGUUGCACCAGCCAUGUGCUAGGACAGUGCUAGCCUAGCCAUCAGACCAAAUGGCAACAAAAGAGCCAUUCCAGAGGGUUUACUGUCUAAAUAUGAAGCAGUCAGUAAGUAAGUGAGCAAAAUAUAGAUGGGCUGUAGAAUUUCACAUGAGAACACUGCAAGCUAUAAGAAUAUAGUUUUAGCAAAACAAAAAAAUUCCAUCCCCACUUUUGUGGGUUUCCUCUCUCCCAUGGCACUGACAUUGGUAGCAAGGGAAGUUAUAAAAACAGAAUCCACUCCCCUCUUCAAAGCACACUCAUCGGCUGUCUUUGCAUGUAAGGUUAAACCAUAGUUAAUAUUUAACUGUGGUUUAAUGUGAAUGAGCAGCAUGCUGGUGCACACUGCUCAAAAGUCCCUGCUUUGCUCCUCCCUCGCUCUUGGCUGCAUCAUACUGGGAGCAACAAACUACAAGACUUGACUUGUCAUGUCGUCCAAACCCAUGCUCCUGGUUUGUUUGGGGGAACCAAGCCAUGCGUUUAAGUUUAGAUGACACACCACCUGUGGAUUGUUGCUCCCAGCUCAUUCCGGCACACUGCUCAUUUGCAUUAAACCAUAUUACACAUGUCAAUUUGAAGCUGAAGGGGCUGCUCAAAGUGCUAACUGGCUGGACAUUUGUGACACCAUGAAACAACCUCUGCCUGUAAUAAUUUUCAGCUUCAGAAUAAAUGAUGGCUCUUUAAUCAUCAAUAAGUCAGGCACUGUAUGAUUGUUUAAAUGCAAGGUCCUACCAGCAGCACUUUAAAGAUAACAAGAAAGGCAGGCAGCUCAGCAGAGAAGGGUGAGGGUGGCCUAGAAACCAGUGCUCAAUGCAAAGAGAGUGUGUGAGAGAGAGUCUAAAGAAUGAGGGUUACUGAGCUUACCCCAUAGGGACAAAAGAAGCUUGCUCCUGUACUUCUGUAUGCACCAUUAGAUAUAAUAGCUCAGGAUUUUGUUUUUCUGGUGUGUAAAUCUGAACUUUGCCACUAAGCCAGAUGGUUGGUUGGACAGAGAUGCUCUACAUGCACACUUCAAGCUUCUUCAGCAUGUUUUGCACUGCACCAUGAUCACCCACUUAGCUUUGCAGAUCUGAAGUGUCAGGCACUUCUAUGGCAGAUGAAAGCAUGGGUUUCACAUCUGCAUGCAUGCUGGUGGAGUUCGUUGCUGCUGUAGGGAUUGCUCCAUCUCAUCACACUUGUGUUUUUCUAGCAGCAGGGAGAAAAUCAUGAACUGUUUUAAAGAAAAGCCCUUUACACAUAAAAGCAAGGGAAGUAAGGGUCAGAAAGCAAAUGUAUUUGCAGAAGUGUUUUUAAUGGCUUGGGGCAAAAAUGUGUUAAUGUUUAAUGUUUCUCUCCACCACUACCAUCAUUGUAAUUUAUAGGAACAGAAAGAAUACCUUCAUAUUCUGGCAGCCCUAUGUUACUGUAGUUUUUCCUACCUUUAGUUGUUCCGUCUCUUUUGAAUCCUCCUUUGCUGAGCAUCCAAAAUGUCAAACAGAAAAUGAGCCUGUAGCUGAUGAGGGUUUCAAAAGGAUCCCUAGGCUGACCUGCCUCUCAGACAAUUAACCCAUGGGCAUUAUGCACUUUUCAGCUUCUUCAUUUCAUACACAAUUAUUUUUUCCUCAGAUUGCUUACAGACCAUAAAGUCGUAAUAAGUGGUACAUUAGCUUUACAGUAUCAUUCCAAGGCUGCCAUAAAGGUAUGCCUUUUCUACUUUCUGCCAGCCAGCUAAUAAGGAGGUUGGAGAAGUAUUCUGAAAUACCCUUUCCAUCUACCUACUUUUAUGAUUCACUGUUGAAAUGUGGAAGCCUGAUAGCAGAAUAGCGUAAUGAAUGCCAGCGUGUGAAGUAAAUGUUUAAAGGGCUCAAUCAAAUACACUUUAAUGUCAGAAAACAGAUUUGUUUAAAAGCACAGACCAGAAUCUGCUUACCAGCUGAUGGUUCUGGUUUUGCAAACACUUCUCUUACUACUCUCCUCGCCCUCCUGCACACAUUUCCCUUUGCUUGUUUCCUAGUUUGGGUUGAAAUCAACAUGGCUGCUGUUUUCUUUCCUGGGCCCUGAUGGCAAAGGUCUGCAUUCAUCACUGCUCCUCUACAUAAUGGAAAAAGAGGGGGAGAAUGGUUUGAGCCUUGUUGACAAUAGUGCAUGUUAGUGUAAGCCCUUCAAUAAGAGAGGAUAGCCACUGCCAGCCCUGGUUAAUAUUCUGGGGAAACACAGGAGUGUGCAAUUGUCUUCAAAGGAUCUGUUGGCUCAGGUUUAAGCCGAGUAUCCCUUUCGCUAGUUUCCCUUUCAACACUGAACAGAAUCUCAAUUCUGUAUAAAGACUUCACCUACCUUAGGGAAAGCGAAACCUGUUAAAGUGAUAAAACCAGUGAGUUAAUUCAAAAGAUUCUGUGCUCUGAUUGCUGAUGAAUUACACAGUCUGGGGCCUGGCUUUUCUGGAGUUGCAGUUCACAAUUUAGCAGGAUCAAACUGCCAUUGUGGAAGAAAGCUCCUAAAAGCCACGGGCUUUGUGGCCCAGCCCCCAUUCUUAGGGCCAUUCCGUGUGCUGGAUCUUGGGUGGGAGGGCUCAGGAGCAUAGCAUUGGUGUUCAGUUCUAGCAGAUCAGAUUGUCGCUGCUGCUAAACACAGCAAAUGAGACUUAAAGGAAUAAAUUAAGGUAAUGUUACACUCCAGGUUUGCCUUUGCCUUCCUUUCUUGAGACUGUUUUAUAUCGGUAGGAACCAGAGUUCACUGUUAAAGCAGGGUGGAUUUUUAUUUUUAACAUGAUAGUGCUCUUGUUGUUACUGUAGUUUUAUAAUUUGGAUGGCUGUAGUGCUAGAAAACAAAAUGAGUGGUUUUGCUUUUGGAGGACCUAAUCCUUAGACCUGCUCAACUUUUAAUUCUGACUGCUGAGGCUACUUUUACCAGCUUCAGCUGAGAUGAACCUUUUUGUAGUUCAUCUAUGUGGCACGUGUGUGUGUGUGUGUGUGUGUGUUUCUCAACAAAAAUCUUAAGGACAUUGCAGAAGCUGUCUGAAAAUGGCUUGCCAUUCCUGCAGUGAAAUUCUCAGUACUUUGUAGUAUGCCUUUUUUUCUACCAAAAAAACAAUGGGAACCUAAACUAGCAGAGGUUUUAAAAAUAUUUUAUAUUAGUUUCUAAUGUAUAUUCUUACAUUAUCACAGUGCCGGUGUGUGUUCACCUGCGCAAAACUACUUUUUGUAAUAUUUUUGUGAUCACAAAGCUUUGUUUCCCUCCCGUGUAUUCAAAGUGCAUUAAACUUGUUUGCAUAGUU